AUGCAGAACCGUCACACCAAAUCAUAUUCGUAUCCUUUGGCAUACAUAGUCUUAAGCAUCAUAUGGCAGAGUGCAGUUAUGGUAUUUUUGGGAAGUGAUGGGUUUACUAAAAGACUACUCCUAAAAAAGUUGUUGAAGUAAGCAUUCAUGGAUCUUACAAGGUUACUCCAAGCACCACGACCACUUCAGUGAUUUGAAGUGAUCGUGGUGCCUGCAGUCUAUAUGUGCAGUGUUUCUCUAUGAAACGCUGCAUAUAUCGAGAUUAUCCUAUGUGCUUCCAGAUGUGUAACAUCACUUCUGGGAGCAGCAUUAUUGAGCAUCAUUGCCUAGCCUGGCUAACAUCAAUUCUGUGCAAAUGUGGUUGCUGAUCACAGCAUGCUGGUGCCAGACAGCCCAUGGCAGUACUGCUACCUCCCCCCCUCCAUGCCACGCAUGUCUUUUCCCUCUUCUUCCACACUUCCUUCCCCCUCCAGCGAUUGGGAAUAAUGACAUCAGAGGAAGUUCAGGCUGGAGGGAGAAGUGGGCGUUGGAAUCAAGAUAAGCUUUUUUUUAUUUUAUUUUACUAUUUAUUUAUUUUUAAAUUGGGGUGAACCAUGCUAGAAAGGUUAAUCUAACGAAAAACCAAUGUUUUAUGAAAACGCUGUUUUUUUGUUUGCAGUAACCCUUUAAUUAAUCAACUGGCAAACAUUUGAAACUUUUUUUAGCUAGACAGACAUUUUUACAAGAUACCUUUGGUCAAUUGCUGACAAAUCCAUCUUAGUGGUUAAAGUCCCAAUGCCUUUUAAUAGCAUAUCUUUUGUUGUAAAAUCAAUAUGCCAUGCUUAAUUUCUGUUAUCUAAGGGGGUUGAAUAAUGUUAAAGCACAACUGUGGUAACCAGCACAACUUACAAGGCUAGUUACUAAAGUGAUAAUUGUCUGGAUUGCAAGCAAAUGCCAAAUUUAAGGCCAAAAUAGCUGAACUGGAAAAAUCAGUAAGUCAGUAAUGCUUCCAGUAUGGCUACUUUGGCCUUACAUUUUACAUUAAUUUUGAAUUCCGACAUUUCUAAUUUUAUUGAGUGACACUUUAUAAAGUUUCAUAGUUCUAUAAUAUGCAAGAAGAUUUACUGGAAAAUGUAUAAAUAAAAAAGAUUAAGAAUAUGGAAGUCCGAAAGAACUGUGAACACUGCCACAUUCCUCAACUCUUAGCUUGGACUUGCAGGCCAGAUAUUCUAGGAUAUACCACAUGCUAUGGAGCUCAUACCGCCGCUGCAUGUGUAGUCUUGCCUAAAUGCCAGAUGCCAUCAUUAGGCAUUUAUAUCUUAUUAUGUAUACAUUUGCUUACAGUAUCACCACCACAAUGUAAAAGGAUGGAUCUACCUGAAUUUUACCUUGCCAUACACAGUUUGUAGAUGACAGGUUAAUUGGUCAGUCUACCUUACUUCCAGAGAAGAGAUUGCCCCUCAUUCCUUCACCUAUUGCAGCCUUUGCUUGGUGAAUUAAGUAAAAAUAAAAACCUAACUUACCUCUACUGCACCUCUAUAUUCUUGGUGCCUUGGAGCCCCAAGAUGUGUCUGUUACGUUCGUAAUAUGCAUGUUCAACAUGGGUCCUGCACAGCAAUAGUUAGCUAAUGUGCAUGCUGUGCCUAGUGUAGCCCACCAAGCAUGUAAAUUAAAUUAGAAUACUAGCACAACCAAUAGCUACUUAUUAAUUAGCUGUUUGUGUUAAGAUACUGUAAGAAUAUACCUAAAACUGUUAAACAGCUAAAGUAGCAAAUUUCAAUAUUCAGCUUGAUUUUAACAGGUUACCGAACUGCAGAUGAAUUGUAGUGUAAUUUGGUUGAACUAACCAAAUAAGCGUUUUCUGAAUAGUCAAUAAACACUGUGUCCCUGUAGACAUUGCUUUUGUUUAUAUUGUAUACCUCUUAUCAUAAUUCCAUUUCAACAAUUUGCUAAGGCGUGCAUUGACUUCAUGCUGUUCACACAUUUCAUUUUGUGAAAAUUAGCUUUUGUCUCUGUUCUGUCUUCAUCAGGGUAUUGCAUCUGCAGUCAGCUGUGCAGCCUUUCGUCCUAAGAUGUUUCUAGUGCUAUACAAAAUCCCAUGCUUUAUUGCCAUAUGAUAGACCUUGUGGGAUGUCUGCUGCCACGGCAUCCAUAAAGAUGCUAUAGUUAUUGUUGUGGGCAAGCUGGUAAUCUUCAGGAAAAUAUAUAUUUUUGUAUCUGUGUAAUUGCUGGCAAUUUCACCGUGAAUAAGGUAGAGGUUUGCUACCUAAAGGUGGCCUUGACAUACACACAUUUUUGCAACGUGCUGGUCAAAUGUUAGGGAUCUUUUACCUUACCAACCUCCUAAUCUAAGGUAAACAAUUAUAGCUAACAUGAAGGGAAAAUGCUGGGUAUCACUGAAUAUAUUGUGGGUGCAACAUAUCUUAUUCCUGUAUAAGAUGCAUACAUUUUCUAAGAAUGAUGUAGAAUUCAAAUUUUUGAUAUAAAAACGGAGAUAUUUAUCAAGGUGUUCGGAAAAGUGACAGUUCAAUUCUGUCAUAAUUUUGAGCGUGGUUUUUAAAGUGUAAAAUUAAUCUAAAAACUGACGGUUUGCAUCAUAGAAAAUGUUGCUGUUUUCACAGAAAUUUUAAUUUCAGAGGAUUGCCAAAUUACUGACCCAAAAAGUGUUGGAAAUAUUGUUAAAGGACCACUAUAGUGCCAGGAAAACAUACUCGUUUUCCUGGCACUAUAGUGCCCUGAGGGUGCCCCCACCCUCGGGGACCCCCUCCUGCCGGGCUGGAUGGAGAGGAAGGGGUUAAACUUACCUUUAUUCCAGCGCCGGGCGGGGAGCUCUCCGCCUCCGAUCCUCCUCUUCGGGUGAAUGCGCAUGCGCGGCAGGAGCUGCUCGCGCAUUCAGUUGGUCUCAUAGGAAAGCAUUUACAAUGCUUUCCUAUGGACGCUUGCGUGUUCUCACCGUGAGUUUCACAGUGAGAAGCACGCAAGCGCCUCUAGCGGCUGUCAAUGAGACAGCCACUAGAGGAUUUGGAGGCUGUAUUAACCCAUUUAUAAACAUAGCAGUUUCUAUGAAACUGCUAUGUUUAUAAAAAAAAAAAAAGGGGGUUAAUCCUAGAGGGACCUGGCACCCAGACCACUUCAUUAAGCUGAAGUGGUCUGGGUGCCUAGAGUGGUCCUUUAAAUCAUUGUAACCAAACAAACUGCGUAUGUUAAAAGAUGCCUGUUAUGGCAGAAGAGAAGCAAUAGAUUAAAACAUUACUACAGUUUUAACAAAUUGUGCAAAAUAUUCACCAUAAAUUUGUUGUAAAAGUGUUGGUACACAUAUACUUUAUUGUUCAUUUGUUUUUUGGGGGGACCUGUUGGGGGGAGGGGGUGGAGGCUGUGGGCACUAUUAUCCCAUCUGUUAUCUUUAAAUUUGCAUUUGAAUACAUUAAUUUUUUGUUGUUGUUGUUGAGGCUUUACCUUUACGUUAAAUGUAAAUCAGUGAUCUCACUGUGAAUGUAUUGCAUUUUAAUGACCUGUUCCUGUGUCUUAUAUAACACUUAUGUAGUAUCGGUUUACACGCACUGAGCCAUCAGUGUACAGUAUCUUUGUAAUCAGUAUUGUAACAUAAGUUUUCUAAGCUCUAGCAGAUUUUGGAGUUGACAUCUUUUGUACCCAGAAAUAUCCUUAACUUUAAUCUGUUACAAGAAAUUUGAAAACGCAACUGGAAAUCGACUUGGAGGAAGAACGGCAAACUCUGCUGCAAGAUCAGAAGGUGUAUCGGAUGCGCGCACAGAAACUAUCCGUUGAAACAAAUCGCCGAAGAAAGUAAGUAGAUAUUGGUAGCUCUUCGGUUUUCAUUUGUAUUGGUAUUAUGUAUGUUAUUUAAAUUAAAAAAUAAAUUUAAAUAAACCUGGGUAAGAAAUUUCCAAAACAGUGUUUGUCAGAACGUAACAGCGAAACUGCUUUUAUGAAAGUGCCAAAAUAACCAAAUCUGAAAACUUCUCCAACUUAAAUAUUUUUCAGGUUUUUUUUUGGCAUAAUAGUUGCAAUUUCCAAGUUUACUGAAUAGCUCUGUAUGCGUUCAUCCCUCUCCUGAGUCCUGCGCCAACUCUAAAUCAGUUUAAUUAAAUAUCUAAACUGCGCCACAAAUCAAGAGAUUUCAGACAGUUGCUGGUAAAUUCUAGGGCUGGAGAGUUAAAUAUGAAACCUUUAAAUCCGUAAUAAGAAAAAUAUAUAAUGACCACCCUCAUUUAGAAAAAUGGUGGCUUUAAGCAGAUCUGAAAACUCCAUUUAUGCAGUUUGCUAGACAAAUUGGUAGCAUUAUACAGAUACAAUUGCAUUUUCUAUGCUAAAUUUAAAAAGGAACUGUCACCUUCUUGGUUUUAGCGCAACCUAAUAUUAGUUCUAUUUUUUUCUGUAUUUGUUUUUCUUUAUAUCUUUUUAUUACAUGUUUUGAUAAUUGGGAAUAUAGAAUAGUAUGGAGUUCUGUGUAGGAUCUGGGAAUGCAUAGAUACAUAUUAACCUCCAGUGCAGAGAUUAGGAUACAAGCAUCUGUUGAUGUAAACCUGCUACAAAUUGUUUUUGUUUUUUUUCCUGAUGAAAUUUGCCUUAAUUUAAAGCUACCUAUGUAUUUAUAAAGCAACUACCACUAAUAUGCUAGCUUUUUAAAAUGUUUUCCUUAAUUUGUAGCUUUCGCUAUAUUUUUAAAACAUGUAUACCCUGCCUUUUUAUUCCUUCGGUGACGUUGUUAUAGUCUCUCCCGUGUAAGGUGCUCCCUGUUACUAAAUACUGAGGCAGUGGCUUCUAAGGAGCUAACAGUGUGUGUCCUGGUUAAUUAUUUAGAUUUUCUUGUUUUUUAUUAUUUGUGAAUGACAAAUUCACUUUACUUCUGAAUUACCGAUUACAUGCUAUGUAAUACGAUGCAAUGGUUUUGCCUAAUCUCUUGUCCACAAGGGGUUAAACAUUAUUAAAAAGUUAUUUCAGUCUUUAGGUUGAGUAACACGUUUUCUCUGCUGUUGAAGAAUCUAAAGCUGUAAUUUAGGAGACGUGCUGAAAAGGCACACCUUGUACUAUCUCCGUACCGCAUACCUUUACAGAUAGACAUGCUUAAUAAUUCAUCUAAAUCAUUCAUCUUCAAGCAGCAAUAAUGUUUGUAAAGGAAGUUUGGUACAUAUUCAUCCUCAUGACACAUAUCCUUUAUUAGACAACAUUGUGACGGGAUUACUUUUUGGGAGUGUGGCCCUUUAUGCCCAUUACAUGGGCAUUAUGACUUCCUAGUUUGCUCAUUGAACUGUGAGUGGAAAUGAAUUGACAAUUUGCAAAAACUGGAACAGAAGUUUUUUUUUUAAAAAAAAUGUAUUUUUAGCCGAGUUGGAGAUUAUCCCAUUAGGCAAUGCACAUUACCAAAUACAUGGUAAAAGUAUUUUAAAAAAAAAAAAAUUUUUUUAAGUUAUAUAAAAAUCCUCCCUACUAUACGAAGGAAUCAAUUAUUAGUGAAUAUCCAUUUUGUCACUUCAGAUGAUUGUUUUCACAGUAUUCCAAACGCAGGACAUUUCAUUGGUAAGUUUACUAAUUAUUUUGUCCCACUACAUGAAUGAAUAUGUAUGUGCUUUACAUAGUGCAUUUUGGUAAAGUCCCAAGCAGGCAGGAUAAAAACAAUUUUGCAUGAUAUAGCCAUGAGUUGAGAAAUUAAAGUGACGUUCUAAGCAAAAUAAUCACUACAGCUUAUGUGCCAGUAGCAUGCCCCCUCCUUAGCUGCAUUGAUGUAUUUUCCAUCUAACCUGAAUAUCACUGACAGAGUUAAGAUAUGGGCUAACUCACCCUCAAUCGAGUUAACCCAGAUCUUUGAUCUUGUAGUGUGAAAGUGUAAAUUAUACAUUCUAAAGACAACUGGGGGGGGAGAGGGCAGUCAUCACAUUUAGGAAAGAGCUCUAAUUUAUGUCACACCGAUAGCAAACUGUUUGCUGUCAAAAUUCAGUCAGCAGGACACUAUAUGCAAAAUAACGUGUUACUUGUUUGCAGACCUACAAGUGCAUUGCCACUUUUGAUCAGAUGUUGUAUUCAUGGCGCUAUUUCUACUGAUGCGUUUUAAAGUUUUGUGUUUAUAUGUAUAUAUUUGUAUUGCUUAAUUGGUACAUGUAGCUCAGUUAUAUUUACAAAGUCAUUUCUAGGUGCUUUGCUGAAAAUAUGCUUUGAGUUUGGUGUUGAUUAAAUUGGUUUUAAAGAUGUAAUUCUUUUUUGAAGAUGCAAAAGUAGUUAGUUUUUUAAAAUAAUUCUUUAUAUUUGCAAGUUUCCAGAAGAAAUAAUGGGUUUACAAAACAGUUGGCUUAAACAUUACCCAGUAACAGAAUAAUAACAAAAAAUGAAAGUUAUUACAACACCAAUGUUCCUAUUGGUUGGUUACAUUCACCAUAAUACCUCUAUCUUGGAAAACAUGAAAAAGAAAAACUGUGUUUGUAGAAUAGAAUAACAAAAAUAAUUUUUAAGCAUGCUUUGGGAAAACGAUAUUUGAGAACAUUAUGAUUGUCAAGAUAGGAUCCAGUGCAGCACAAACGCUCUUGGUUCUGCUCAUGUGACAGUGCACAGAUUUAUUUGUAUGCACAACAUUGUUUCAGCAUUUUUAUCCUAAUAGAUCUGUGUAAGGGACAUCACAACACCAUUAUUUUUCCUAUAAAGGGAUACUCUUGGCCGAUACAAUGCACUGUACUGGUUAUGGUAUCAGCAAUCACCAGGCAUUGUCCACCAGUAAUCUGCAAAACCAUAUACAAAUGGUUUGACACGUACUCUCCGGUGUUGAGCGCUACCAUCCAUCCAGUCCAAGUUGAUCUGACAAAAUAGAAGUAAAUACGUCUGCAUUAUCAUACCAGCUUGUGCAAGGUUUAAACUAUAUACUGUUUAAGUAUGGCAUGAAAAAAAGGGGGCGGGGCCUGACCGCCAUGCUGCAUGGUCGCACGAAACAACAGCUCCAACGGCUUUCUGACUUUUUAAGCCUAAAAGAGUAACUCCUGAACACGCCUGAUGACCAAAGGUUAUGGACUUACACCCAUGGGAGCUCCGGUCCUGAGGAGAGGCUAGCAGCAACUGUUUUAGUCCCUCGGGGAGAUACUCACUGGAUGAGGCCUACUCGGGCGGUGAGCAAGGCGGACGGCCGCUAUCCUGCACAGUGGUAUAAAGCUGGACUCCCCUAACCGUAUGUACCAGGCCCCGUUCCCCCCCCCUUUGGGCUGGCGGAGGAGAUCGUGGGACCCCACAGAACUGCCAACCCACAGCCCAGGCCGCAAGCCACGUCUAAAAUGGCGGCAGCCACACACUCACCAACUCACACCGAGGAAACUGCUAGCUGCUACACUUUGAGGGAUACAACUACCGCAAAUCCCAGGUGGGCCCUAAAUACAUGCAGAGGGCAACCAGGCCAACGGGAACACAAAUACUCACCGCAUCGCCACCAGCCCGACUAAUGUUCCCGAAAAGCCCAGGGCAACACACGAAAUGGAUGCCGGGGAGUAGGUGAGCAGCCGCAAACAGCUUUGAUCCAGCUCACACUAACCGGACCCAGCAGAUAUACCUUCAGGUUGGUCCAGGCUGAAGGCAACCGGUGCACAGCAACACUCCCUCUCCUGGAUCUGACCCGCAGCACGUUCAUUGCGGCACUGCGGGGAUUGACGGCUAAAUCGCAACAAGAUGAUCCUAACAGUUGGAGGAUAUUGGAUGAGGCAAACAUUAUGCCAAAUGGGAACUCUCCAGCCUUCUGCCUCCAUAAACAUGGACUCUAUGUGGUCACAUUUUCUAGUAGCACCUUCAGCCUUAUUACAUGUGAAACGCAUUAAACAUCAAUUGGGGUACUGGUAGUUAACCACCUGCGGUGGGGGUCCUGGGGCGUUCACACACGAUAAGCAAAAAUGUAUUCAUAGCAUCUCAGCAUUUAUACUAUCGUAGUGCUUAAGCUAGACAUAUACCCUCAGCCCGUGAAGCGCAACAUAUAGUUAGAAACGUUUUAUCUUGUUUAAAUAGACUACUCAGCGACAUUUGUUUUUUUCAGCAUGUAUAACCUUACUUGUACAUCACAAAAAAAAAGUGCACAACAUCUUGACCUUUUCAGCAUAUACUUGUGAUUAUACUUCUUGUUAAAUGCCUAUGUCAUAUUUUGAGCAUGUACUUAACAUUGCGCUUCCAAAAAUAAAGAAUUUAAAAAAAUGAAGGUACCUUCCUUCAGUGAGGACUUUAACACCAUGCACGAUAAGCAAACUACUGUCCUGAGAAAGAAACAUGCAGGGUUAUUCUGUAGUGUGAAUUGUCGGGAAUUCAAAGUGAAUUUCAAAUUUUAGGUCACAGUAGAUAAAUUGGGAAAAAGUUCGAUUCACAAUGAAUUCCAGAGUGAUUAACCCUGAAAACCUAGUACAAAUAUUUAGAUUUUUCAUGGAUAUUGGGCAGAUUAAAUAGAGUAAUCCGUUAUUGUUUAUUAUAUAAAAAAUCUUCUUCUGAUUCUAUUACCACUUCAGUUGUCUCAAGCAUUUCCAGGUCAAUUUCUGCCUAUUCAUGUAACCUCACACUCUAAAGACUAUUUGGAAGAAAAAAAAUUUUGUCUGAGUAAUUGUUGAAUUGUUGUUGUUACCGGCAGUUCUCAUUUGUUCAGUAACUCUCCCAACAUUACAUUUUGUUUGUUUAGUUGCGUGUGACUCCCUUUCUUUUGUGAACCUUUUUGUUUAGACUGAUUUGUGUGCUUGUUCACCUGAUGCAGCCAUGAAAUGCAUUCACUGGUUCUGACAGGUGUAUAAACUGCAGCCAAAUUCUGUGCCUGGCUGCAAGACUAAUCUGAUGUUUACUGUCUGAUACAUGCGGUAAUCAUUCAUGUGCUAGUUAAUUGUACCUCUCACUAUAAUUACUAAACCAUCACUCCUCAUUAGUUGUAUCACUUAAAAUUAUUGCAUACCAUCAAAUGGAUUGCCAGACAUUGCUAAUCUUAGGAUUUUUUUAUUUAUUUAUUUUAAACUGUAGUUAUUACUGUAUUCAUAAUACUUUCUGUUUUGGGAAAAGCAAAUAUUCUUUCACAUUAUUAAGCAAAAAACCAAUUGUGACUCUUUGUAACCGAGCAGUAGAAGAUAACAAGACAAAGUAAAUCACACUGGAUAGCGUGAGAGGCUGUAAGGCAAGAACGCUAAUCAAACUCUAACCCUUCUUAGAAUUGUAACAAGAACCUAAUCUCAAUCUCAUUACCUGUUGGAAACUACAUUGCUUGUUUUACACUCCUGCUAGAGACCGACAACUUCUGUAAUUUUUAUAACUUGAAAAAGACUCCUGGAUGGAGUCGAAACGCUAACUCUUGGCUUGUUUCCAUGAAAAGCUGUUUUAUCCACAAGUUGUCUAUCUUUUCCUGAUACUACUUGCACCAUGAAACUCCAAGUGUGAAGCAAUAAUUGAUGGGAGCAAUGCAUUUUGGCUUAUUUGACAGCUUCUGGAACAAUGACUUGAACAGUAAGAGAAGGCUAUGACGAAUUCCAACUUAUUUAGGGCCAGUUGAUAUAAAAGUAACUUAAAAUGAUCGGGUCUAUUGUUUUCCCUACCAUUUAAUCUGGAGAUAUCUCCUAUGCCUCUCCUGCUCAUAGUGAUGAUAGCUAUCCCUAUUUACAUCUAACUAGUACAUGCAAUCAUUAGACAUGGUAGUUAGACAUGAAGUUUUGGUUUGAUUGUUUUUUAAUAUAUAUCUUAUCUAAAUCCACCAAUUUGGCAAUUUUUGUGCUUGAAAGGCUUGGCUUAUAACAAGUGCACCUGGAGAAUGGAAUCAUUCUAGUUAAAUAUCCUGAACCAAGAUCUGAUUGACUACAAGGAAAGAGAUAUGCCUCUCCGUUAAUGGCUUAUUGCCGGGAAGAUUAGUUUAAUUAUUGUGUGAAGAACCAAAGUGUGGCAAAAUAGUAUCAUAAUACCCCACGCAAAGGCCAAGCUAGCUAUUCACCAAUAGAUGCAUUUUGGUGCCAGUGUAUAGGCAAGCUAGAUGGCAAUAUGUCAGCGGAAAAGCGAUCACUGUGAUAUCAUUGAUGAGAUCAGUGGGAUCGCAGUAACUGAUCCUGAAAAGUAAAAUAAAAAUACAAGCCUGUUUUCAUUUCAUUCCUGUAGUUACAUAGAAAAGUACGUUAGAAGUACAUGCAUGCAAACCCAAAUAUAAUCUGGUGCUAUGGCCUAAACAUUUUGUGGUAUAUUUCUAUAGUAGUGCAUAUCAUGUCCAAAUAUGCCUAAAAGGGGGCAGUGCCAAUCCAGAGGGGCAAAAUCUUCUAGGGCUGUGAUCUAAAAAGCCUAAAUUACCACAUACUGAACCAAGUCCUCACUCAAUUAUUUAUUUAUUUUUUAAUUGAUUUAUUUUGUUCUCUGAUUUUCUUGGUGGAAAGCCUCGACUUCACUAAGAUAUCAGUGUGAAGCUUAUCAACUCGGGAGUGCCAAAACACCGACAGGUUGGGCCUACUUAAGCCAACUGCGGCCUUGCAGUACUUACUGGCUACUUACUGCCUUCCACAGGAAAUUUCCGACCCUUUGUGUGGCACAACACAGCACCGGAUGAAGAAUGCUGUAGGCAGCAAAACACCCCCAGGCCGAUGAGGGUUAUCCUGGCCUCACAGUGCCAACAUAUGCCAUAGGUGGCCUUUUAGUUUUGCGCUAGAGCUGCUUGCCUGUUCCCAAAGCAAAUGCUUUGGACCCUGCCCAGCAUAAACAGGAAAAGAUAGUGAAAGAAAGUUAGUGCAUUGCAGAAACGGUUGAACUUGCCUAACAGGCAGGAUUUUAUAGACCUAUUUAAAAAAAAUAAACCUAAUAAAUGCACAUUUGUUUAAUUCAAAUUAUUAUUUUUUUUUAAUUCAAAUUUUAUUUGUAUUAAAACUCUUUAAAGUUACAAACAGAGCACGCCAAAAUGAAAAAUAAAAACCUUAAAAUGUCCCCCUUAAACGCUUAAUACUGUAUGAUAAUGUAUUUUAAAUGUCUGUAUAAAUAAUUUGUAUUGCUGUUGAUGGUCUUUGAAUUGUUGUUUGCGAUAUAAAUUUGUAUUGUUUUGCCUGGAAUCAUUUGUAGGCAUUCAUUUGUUACUGAAGAAUUUGAGACAGUAAGGGCAAUUUCAGUUCUGGGGCAUUUGUAGGUGAAGGGAUUACUUUAGACACAGCCUAUUAAAAGCUGUAGAAAGAUAAAGUGUCUUGUACUGCCUUUUGUUACACUAAUGCUUUUAGAAAGUAUAAACCAUUCAUUAGUAUAGUGAUCCUGAAACCUACACUGUAACAUAACAAUCACCUGUUUGCAAUUCAUUCUGGUCAUUCAUUUGCUAUUAAUGUAACAGUAUUUUGUUGAUGGUCAGGUGUAGAUAAUUCACAAAUUAUUAAUACCAUGUUCUGUCCAUAGAGACAUGUUGAGAGUGAUUUCAGAUGCAAACAGGGAAAAUAUAUAGAUUUUUACAUGUGAGCACACAUAUGUAUUGCACACAUUUGCAAAGACAUUUUAGCUAAAAUGCUUUAGUUGAGAUAACCAGGCCAUUUAGGGUGGCAAUGACGUAUUGUCUUUUUUUUUUUUUUUUCUCUAAAAUAAAAUUAUACUUUGUGUGAGAUUGUCCCUUUCCUAAAGUUGAAUGUAUUAUAAGCUUUAUAAUGGGAUGCUCUGAAAUUGUUUGGUGCGGGUGCCAAUUACUGGUAUUACUUGCAAGACAUUCACCAAAAGCCUGGUCACUCCACAAUCUGCGUGUACUAUGACUCCAGGGAAUAAAAUCUGAAGUCAUACAUACUUGCAUGCUCCUAAUUAUCUCCUGGGCAGCUAUGAAAAUAGCUGAAUUUACUCUGGCAUUCCUAGGUAAAGGGGAAGUUAUAGUUUGAAUAUGCUCUGCAGAAGAUGCUUAUUUAGAAUGUAUUUACUUAUUUUUCUCCAUGUUUAUUUUGUUGAAUUCUUGACAGCCAAACGAUAACAUUCCAGUGAGUUUAGUCCCUUACAUUUGAGAGAGCAGUUGGGGUAAAAAUCAAUAGCCUACAUAGUUGAACAACUUUAAAGGGACACUAUAGUCACCAGAACCACUACAGCUUAAUGUAGUAGUUCUAGUUUAAUGUAAACAAUGCAUUUUCAGCCGAAGGGCAGUGUUUACAUAACUUCCUAGGGACACCUCUAGUGGCAGUCACUCAGCUGGCCACUAGAGGUGGUUCGUGGGUUAGUGCUGCACAAUGUACUCUGCAGGAGAAGCCAAAUUCCCCUCCUAGAGAUGCAUUGUUUCAAUGCACAAUGUACUCUGCAGGAAGACUCCAAAUUCCCCUCCUAGAGAUGCAUUGUUUCAAUGCACAAUGUACUCUGCAGGAAGACGCCAAAUUCCCCUCUUAGAGAUGCAUUGUUUCAGUUACACAAUGUACUCUGCAAGAGAUGCUGAAUUCCCCUCCUAGAGAUGCAUAGUUUCAAUACACAAUGUACUCUGCAAGAGAUGCUGAAUUCCCCUCUUAGAGAUGCAUAGUUUCAAUACACAAUGUACUCUGCAGGAGAUGCUGAAUUCCCCUCUUAGAGAUGCAUAGUUUCAAUGCACAAUGUACUCUGCAGGAGAUGCUGAAUUCCCCUCUUAGAGAUGCAUAGUUUCAAUGCACAAUGUACUCUGCAAGAGAUGCUGAAUUCCCCUCCUAGAGAUGCAUUGUUUCAAUGCAUCUAUACGAGGAGAUGCUGCUUGGCGCAGCAUGGCGUAUUGUUGUGUAUGCGCUAUAGCCUCUUAAUACUGGUUUGACUGAGAUCAUAAAAUUUGAUAAUCUCAGCCAAGGCUGCAGAGAAGGGAUGGGUCCAUUCACAAAGAGACCUGUGUGGUGCUAGGAAAAAGGUGAGUAAAUUAGCAUACAGUGUCAGGAAUACAUGUUUGUAUUCCUGACACUGUAGUGUUCCUUUAAGCAAAGUACAUAAUAUCUCCAAUACCAAGUUAGAAUUUAGAAAGGUAAGUAAGGGUAAACAGGUCUCUGAAGCUGUAAUUUGCCAAAAUCCAUGUAAUUUUGUUUGUCUUUAAAGGGACACUGUAGGCACUGUAACUGCCUAAUCCCAUUGAAGUGGUUAUAGUGUCUAGAGAAUACUGGAGCUGUCCUUCCAGUCAGUGUUAUAGCAUUAAUGUUUGAUGCUAGACAAGAAUCCCCACCAACCCAUCCCGCCUAUACUGCUUGAGCUAGUGAGGAAGCAUUAGCCUGAGCGGCAAUGGAUGGCUGUGAUUGGCUGAGAGUGUCAGCUGACCUCUCUCAGCUUAUCACAGUAUCCAUUCAAGUUUGAAUUGGUACGGCUAGUAGUAAAUGUGUAAUCACUCUCUUGACAACAUCUCAUUGGAGAGGGCGAUGGGAAGUCAUGGACUCUCAUAUAGUGUUAACAGAGCUGGAUUUACCAUUCUACAGAGUAGGCACUUCCUUACAGGUCUGCCUGUUCCCUUGCUGGCUUUAGCAGUAUAGGGUAACUGUAUUCAGUCUGAGAAAUCUGAUCUGUGCAUGGUCUCAUCCCCACAGACUGAACUCUGCUAUCUGUAGGAGGGGGAGGACUGGCCAGAAGAAAUAAGAAUUAAGACUGACUCUGUCAGUCUGAUAUGACAUUUACACACACACAGCUCAUCUACACGCAUUAUAUACACUCAAAUCUCAGAUACCCACACUAUACACAAAAAACAGCUGUGCUACCCACAGUGUGCAUACACUGCUUCCUACACUACAACACACUGUUAUGCAGACAUUCACACACUACUACACAAACUGCUGCACAUGCUGUUACACACUACUGCCCACACACAGGAAUGCAUGCACUCACACUUACACUGCUACAGAUGUGCACAAGCUACACAGACAUAUAUUCAAACACUCACUCUAUAUGUUCAACAAUUUUUAUCAUAUUUGAAAUGGUCAUUUUUAUUUGUUUUAAUUAGUUUAAAGGGAGAGGUUGGGUAGUGCUUGAGAAUUAUGUGUCUGCAGGUGCUUGUGGUAUAAAUCCAGCCCUGAAUAUUAAGCUGCUCGAAAAUGGUUAAAUACUGAAUAGAGGGAAGGGGCGCAGACUUUAAAACCAAUUCAGUGAGAUGGAAGGGUAUUAGUGAUUAGAGUUAUGGGUGAGUCAAAGAUCAGGAACCAACCAACCAGUCAUGCAAGAUGUUAGAUUUUUCUCUAUCUCUAUCCUUGGGCAUCUGGCAUUUGACUCGCACAUUGUCUUUGCUGAUCCUCACCUCCACUGCUAAUGCCAGAGAUCAUCAAGAACUUCCAACUCAGGAACUUCCAUUACCUCUCCUGGGCUUAUCUCAUUGGCUGAGAACAUCAGCUUAAAUUUAAGACCAAUAGCCACUUAGGUGAAUAGCCUUUUAUGUAUCUUUUAGGCUCAUUUUAGAAACUCUUUCCCUCCGGUGUACUGAAAAGGAACGUGAUGUGGUGUGUGAGAAGAUCUAAAGCAAGAACGAUCUGUAAAAUCGCAUGCAAUUUAUGUUGGGUUUAAUAUGUGGUGCUCGGUUUCAUUUUUAUUCAUUAUAUUAAAAUUGUAGUAAGUGACAUCACAAUCCAGUUCAGUCCAAGCACAGCCAGGGCUCACAAUGCAAAUGUGGAGAACACAAGCAAUGUUUUUUUUCCUCAAGUUUUAAUAUAUUGAAUGGUAGACAAAUUUAACAUAUACAAUGAUGAACGUCAGGGAACCAAGAUGGAGACACCCAGUUCCAGAAUAGAGAUAAAUAUAACUGUGUGGAUUUCUACAUCUUCUACAAAUUUUCUGAAAUGUAAUAUUUGCUAAAUAUAGUAGAUAAGUGAGCAUGAAAAAAAUCCAGGAUAUUUACAGAUCCAUCCUUUUAGAUUGUCAGCUCCAUUCCAUCAUGGUGACCCAUACCUGUAACCAGUGGCGUACACACAAUCCAUGGGGCCCCAGUGCGAAACUAAUCCGUGGGCCCCCACCUCCCCUCUCUCCCCUGAUCCGUGCCUCCCCCCCAUACCCACCGACACAGACAGACAGACACACACACACAAACAUGCAGACAGACAGACAGACACACACACACAUACAUACACCCCCUGACAGACACAUACAUACAGACACACACAUAUAUACACAGGCAGACACAUACAGAGACACACACACAUACAUAGACACACAUACAGAGACACACACAGAGACACAUACACACAUGCAUACAGAGAGACACAUACAGAGACACACACACAUACAGAGACACAAACACAUACAGAGACAUACAUAUACAAAAUGUUUCCUACCUUGUGACUUUCCCUGGGGGCUCAGCCUGAUGGGAGGCAGAAUUCCUACUCUGACUCCCUCCUCCUCCUUCCUCCCGUGCGGUUCCUGAUAGUUGGGAGGAGUGACCGGGGAAUCACUUCCUCUCAGCUUGUGAUCACAGGGGGCCCAGUCGCGAGUGCUGACUGGGACCCCUGACAAUCCAUGUCCAUCGGGUCUGGGACCCCUCCAUAUGCGGCCCUGGCGGUUUGCCACCCGGGCCGGGACCGCAAAACGUGGAAGCUGGUACCCAGUCGCGGGGUUCCGCAGGGCUGCCCGGCCCCCUGUAGUGCCGGGACCGGUCGCAGUUGCAACCCCUGCGACCGCGGUAUGUACGCCGCUGCCUGUAACUCUUAGUUGGUGUUUAGCAUUUCCACUAUUAGUAUCUGUGUUGGACCCUUAGUUUGGGAAGGUCCAUGAUUUUUGCAAAGUCUGACAUUUAGAUUUAUGGUACAAACAUAAUAACUGGUUUCUCUGACAGUCAGAGAAGUAGAAAUGAGACUGUGCCUCCAAAUUGCUGAAUUUUGUCUUGUUUUGUUAUAUAGUUAGUUAUAGAAGUGAUUCAAUAGCUUGCGGCAAUCUUGGUUGAAGGUCAGACCCCACCCUCUCCACUUUAAAUUUCUGUUUCACAUUCCCUUUAACAUUCUUAAAUGUAACAUUGUUCACGUGGGUAUAAAUUAGCUGAUGAAGAUAGUGUUCUAAUAUGUCAUCCCAUUGACACGUGUACACUUUUCAGUAUGUCAAAAUUGUGGAACUGGUUAUUUAACUUCUUUGUAAUAGCUUCUGUGAUGUAAUACAUGCAAUUUUAAUUUACUCAGAUGCCUAAUUAAUUAUCACCCAAUCAACAUCACGUAUUUAUUAUAAUAAAAUAUGUAAUUAUUAUGAUGACUCAUUUGACUAUCAUAAAACCGUUUAGUACAUACAUUUAUUUAAUACUGUCAUUACCUAAAUCUAUAAGGAUUAAGAUAUGUUCAUAUUCACACUAAUAAAUAGUAAACCUAUGUUAAAAUAGAAUAUGUAAUGAGACUAAGCUGGGUAUUUAGUUUAUACAUAGGAGAUGUAUUCUGGUUUUUAGUUUUCAUUUUUUUGUUCUUUAUUAUUUGAUUGCAUGCCUCUAUAUAUGUUUUGAUCUAAUACUGUAGGCUUUCAUUAAGGGUGCUUCAAAGUCUUUUUCUCACCAGAGAAUCAAGCCACUGCUUCUUCUUAUCUUAUUUCCACUACACCUGGUCCAGCGGUGCAUCUAACCACCACUCCUAGAUAUGGAGGAAACCCACAGACAUGCAGGUUUUUUUUAAACCAUGUGGGCCUAAAUUUUUCCCUCUGGCGAGCAAAGUGGGUUUUCUUUAUGAGUUUAGGGAAAAUGCUUUAGCUUGGGAAACCAAACUCUGGGAGAGACUAGCAGACCAUUUAUAUAGAACCAUCAUGAAUUCAUAGCUGCUUUUUGUCAAGUAUUUGAACCACCUGGUAGAGCCAAGAAUGCUGUGAAGUCCCUUAUGUGAAUCAAAUAGGGUUCUUUGCUGAUUAUGCCAUUGAGUUUUGCACCUUGGUAUCAGAGCUUGAUUGAUCUAUAUGUUGCCUAACUUCUGCAAUUUAUUGAGGGUUAACUGACAAUUUACAGGACAAAGUGGGAGCUAGAGAUCUCCCUGAUAAAUCGGAUGAUUUUUUUUAUUUUUUAUUAUUCUUUAUUUUUGCCUGGACAGUCAUCAAUAUUCAUGUCAGUUAUAAUCUGAAGACCUAAUACACUAUUGACAUAUUCAAUCCAAAACAUAUGUCAUAAUACAGAAAAGCAUGCCAACAUGCCCUACAGUAAAGGAAACGAUUGUACAGCAAAUGCUGAUGCCAAUCAUGGAUUAUGGGGAUGUAGUAUAUGCACCUGCUCCGCAAAUCCACCUUAAUAAACUGAAUACAUUGUAUAACUCGUUUUGCAGACUUAUGCUACAAUGUAAUUACAGGUCUCACCAUUGUGCCAUGCUAAAAGAACUAAACUGGCUGUCGCUGGAAUCCAGGCGCACCCUUCAUCUUCCCAGCCUUGUGUUUAAGAGCUUUUCUGGGAAACUCCCACCCUACCUGAGCAGAAUACUCCCUGGCUUUUCCCACCUCCUAUAACCUCCGAUCCAGUACCCACACUUUACUUAGUCUACCUCAAUACAAAAAGAAAGCAGCCCGAUCCUCCUUCUCCUACAGAGCACCGCAAUUAUGGAACGACCUCCCGCACACUUUCAAAUCUUCCCUAAGCCUAAAGUCCUUUAAGAGAUCCCUCUCUACAUAUCUCAAAAUAGAAUGCACGUCAUGCUUGCUUAUAUAUUUAAGAACACCGGUGAGUAAUUUGGAUGAUCUUAUCAAGUAUGUGACCCACGUUGAUAUCAGACUUAGGGUUAGGCAUAACCGUCCCACAGUGAAUUUUAUUCUAACAGUGUCUAUGCAAUUAGGGGUAACCAAAUUAUCUGAGGCCAAGAAACAAUUUAGGAGGAAGGAGGAUCUUUGCCUCAACUGUAUCAGAAAUGCCCAGUGCUUCCAGAAACUUGGGCACCUUAGAUCAUUCAGAGCACUGGCUUAGCGUGUGACACCAGUGUCCCCUCACUUGAAUCCUGCUAGAUUGCGUCUCCUGGUUUCUUUGCAGUAGUCUGCUAAUACCAUUUAUAUCAAAACACUCCUAGAUUCUGAGGCAUCUUAGAAUUCUGUCUAUUCCACCUUUGUCUCCAUCUGUGUAUCUAAUACUGCCAUAGCUUUAUGGAAAAAAUAAAUAUACUUAGCUGUUGAAACCAUCGAUGGCAGACCCCUCUGUACUACUGUUAUUAAUCAUGAAACUCUGCUGAUACCAUCCAAGAAUGUUUCUACUUCUUACCGAAGGUCCAUAAAGAUGCCAACAACCUAGCGCCUAUAUCAGCCCCUUUACUUGAUCCAUUCUUUGUCCUGUCAUGGUUUCCUUGUGGUUCUUGGUUAAUAAGUUUCUUUUUCUUUUUGAUUCUCUGGCAAUUUGACUUUGGCUUGUGUCUGUGCAUCUCUGUAAUCCUGACAUCGCUAGUUUUCUCAUAUUUGUGUACUUCUGUAAUCAUGACUUUGGCUUGUUAUUCUCGUUUACUAUUAUCUCUCUUUUUUGCAUUCUGCCUAGCCACCUCUAAGGACCAGUAAUACACUCUGUCAUACUUUCUGGGUUCUGACCAAAGUUCCAGACAGAAACCUCACGCUAUGAAAAAGUAGUCUCCUCUCUUUCCAAAAUGGAGUUAUGCCCAUCCCUAUUUUAUAAGGGUAUGAUAGAGGCUGUAAACCUAGGCACCUUUUAAAAUGCAUCCCUGGAACAGGUGAUCAUUAUUGCCAUGGCAAUUGCCCAGGGCUUAGAGGAAGUUUUGACCACUUGUUCAAAAGUUUUAAGUUAAACAGAGGGGUAGAUACAACCCCAACCCUCUCAAUAAAAUACUGUUCUAAAGAUCAGUGCGUUAGGUGUUCACCCAUCUUAAUGGUAAACAUCUGAAUCAGAGGAUGACAAGUGACCCCUAGUUUGAAAUGACGCUAGGGUAACAAAACACUUCCUUCAUUCAAAGUGGGUUUGCCAUUUAAAGUCCAACAACUGCAAACUCUCAGUUAAUCCUAUCCUAUACAUUUAUUCUACAUUUAAGCACAAUAGCCUAUCCAUAAGAAUUAUGUAUGUAGUUUACAGUACAUAUUUAUGAAAUGUGACAAGUCAGGUGUAUGCCUAAGGAUAUCUUGCUCAGAUGAUCCCAGAUGAAGGGCACAUGCAUGGAGUUAACCAUUUCUGAUAUCCAGGUGGAGUUGUUUGGCAAUUAAUUGGAAAAUGGCAGAUUUUCUCUGAUUAUGGUAAACGCUAAAUAGUGGUCAGUCUCAGUGGAGGCAGAUGUGAGUACUAGUAUUUUAUAGUCGCAUCUACUGGCUGUUUCAAUAGAGCUUAAUGUUUAAUGGAAAACAAUAUAGUCACCUAAAUUACUUUAGCUAAAUAAAGCAGUUUUAGUGUAUAGAUCAUUCCCCUGCAAUUUCACUGCUCAAUUCACUGUCAUUUAGGAGUUAAAUCACUUUGUUUAUGUUUAUGCAGCCCUAGCCACACCUCCCCUGGCUAUGAUUGACAGAGCCUGCAUGAAAAAAAAACUGGUUUCACUUUCAAACAGAUGUAAUUUACCUUAAAUAAUUGUAUCUCAAUCUCUAAAUUGAACUUUAAUCACAUACAGGAGGCUCUUGCAGGGUCUAGCAAGCUAUUAACAUAGCAGGGGAUAAGAAAAUCUUAAUUAAACAGAACUUGCAAUAAAGAAAGCCUAAAUAGGGCUCUCUUUACAGGAAGUGUUUAUGGAAGGCUGUGCAAGUCACAUGCAGGGAGGUGUGACUAGGGUUCAUAAACAAAUGGAUUUAACUCCUAAAUGGCAGAGGAUUGAGCAGUGAGGCGGCAGGGGCAUGUUCUAUACACCAAAACUGGUUCAUUAAGCUAAAGUUGUUCAGGUGACUAUAGUAUCCCUUUAAUAAAAAGCAGAGGACAUACUUGAAAACAAGAAAAAUCUCAAUUUAUCCAUCCUGGUAAAAUAUUUUAUAAAUAAAUCAAUAGGAGUGAGCACAAAUGUUUCUACCUUGCAGGAUGGUGGGGAGUUGGUUGGGAAGGUCAGCAUUUAUAUUGUGAAUGUGUGCGAUGUUUGGUUACUUUAUGUAAAGGUGUUUACAGAGGACACAUCUAUCACACAUCUAUACAAAGAAGUAGAUCAGAAGUCGAACUCCUUUUAUAUUUUUUGCUUUUUAAUAAUUUUAUUUUAGAAUCUUAUUGCGUGCCUUUUUUUAUCCCCCGCUCCCCUUCACCUGGAGCAUUUUAAAUAUAAAAGAAAGUAUGUAUGCCCCUUACUUUCCAAACCUCUAAACGAGUUUAAGCGUACAUCUGCCAGUACCUGACUGUCUAAUUGUGUCUCUGAAAAUGGAUUUCUGUGAUGCUCUUGCCGCUUGUCGUAAACAAGUGAACCAACUGGCAUUCUAGAGUUAUAAAGGCGUUAUUGCUGGACUGUUGCUUCCAAUAUUCUGCAACAAACAAGGACAUACUGCUGCAGUGUACAAAAGUCAGAAUUUGACUUUCUUUUACAACCAUGAACUGUUUUUGUAUUGGGUGUUUCCUUCCCUGUAAGUCAUUCAAGGUGGAUUUGUGCCCAUUGAACCCUUUCUGAAGAAUAUCAGUAUUAUUCACUAAAGUUGAGAAUUCAGUGUGAAUUCAGAGUGAAUUUCAAAUUUAAGGUCAUUAUAGCAAAUCUGGAAACAUUCUGUAAGUCUACCAUAUAUUCAGUUUAGCGACACUGGCUUAAACUUUGAAUUAUCCCUUUAAUGACAAAGCCUUUAAGUGUAAACAUGAUAUGAUCAUUCUUAUAGUAUUUAGAUAUACGUUUAAUAUUAUAUUAAUAUAAAUAUAGCAUAACGUGCAUUUGUUGUCAUCACAUUUUAAGACAUGUAGGCUUAACUGUAUUAUUCUAAACCUUUUGACUCAUGAUAUAUAUUUAUAUACAACAUAUUUAUUAAUGUAUUUUAAGAUUUCUAUGAAUUAAGGUAAAAUUAUUGAGUGAUGAACGUACUUUAAGUCCCUGCUCUAAAUCAGUGUUUCUUUAUGUCUGACACGUAGCCAGAAACCAGUGAGGCACACCUACAAGAUUUGCUCCGAUGUAUUCAUUUCAAAAACUCUUCCCUCCUAGGUUACAGAUUAUUUGUAUACCAUAACAAUGAUUGGUGCAGUGUGUUUUGUAAGGUGAUUGAUGUGUUUAAACGACUCGUCCCUGAACUAAGGCUAUAAUUCUGUUGACAUCCAAGUCACAAUUUUGAAAAGCCUGAUUAUCGUUUUGGUAUUUAGUGAUAUGUCACCUAUUAAGGAUUCCCUUUGCUUUUUUUUUUAUUUAUUUUUUUUUAAUUCUUUAUUUGUAUCUUUUUCCAGUUUCAUUUAUACGGGUGAGGUUACAGAACAAAGAGGACGAGUUAGGUGAUUUCAUUGCAUAUUACAGUGUGCCUAUAUGGUUACAUGAAUUACAAUCGCUUAGUAUGUUACCAGAGGUUUGUACAUUUGUGGCAUUUGUUAGCUUCUGUGCUACCUCGUGUACUGGAGUUUUCCUCUGGUCCUGUUCUCUGUCGUAAUUCUUUGUGUGCCAUUUAAGGUCAAUAACAACAACAAGGGUAACACAUAGUCCCUUUGCUUUUCUUAAAGGAAAUACAUUAACGUCUCAUCAUAAAAACAUUUUAUAAUAUCAACCUUUUUUUAUUAAGAUUAAAAUAGCCAUUGGGAUAGCAGAAGGAUGUGUGAGUCAAUUUGAGAACUGAGAAGGAGUGUUUACGGUGGUCUGCACCCACUGGAGGACCACAACACUCACUAGAAUUAUUGUAAGUUAUUUGCGGUUCUAGAUAUAUCUCGAUAUACUUUGUAACAAAGAAAUUCUGGGUACUUCUAGAAACCGGUGCACUUAUUUUGAUUCCUUAAAGCGACUAUGUCCUCCCACCCAAAAAAGACAAAGAAAUAGCAUUUCAUGAAUAAAUAAAUCUAUACCAUACAGAGUGUCAGGGUUAUUCAAUGAUGUGGAAUCAAUUAAUAAAUUGAUUAUCUUGCGUAUCUGCCCCCGGCCAAAUUAAAGAAAUAAUGCGUGCACUCUCCUAAAGUAAUUGACACCAGACACAGGUUUCGGGUUAAUGAAAAACUUGAGGAAUGUUUAUUCUGAGGGGACGGCAUGUCCCUUAUAAAGCAAAAUUACAUCAUAUGCAUUGUCAGAGAGCAAAUUGGCAUUUGCUGUGAACUUCAGAUUUAAAGGGACACUAUAGUCACCUGAAGAACUUCAGCUUAAUUAGGUUGUUCAGGUGAGUGCUACAGCUGUCUGCAGCCUUUUUCUUGUAAGCACUGUAUUUUCAUAGAAAAUACAGUGUUUACAUUGGAAGCUUGGAACACCUCUAGUUGCAGUCAAUCAGACAGCCACCAGAGGGACUUCCGAGUUCAAAAGGCUUCAUUCACAACUGACGUAUUCACGCAUGUGUGAAUACUUCAGACGUGCUAUCAGCACACAGAGCACUGUGAACGCGCUUUGUGUGCUGAGGCUGUCAGCACUGCGUGGGAGUGGCUUGAGCUGACAGGUUUGACAGGCUGAAGACCGAAGAGGAGGAGGGGAAGAUUCAAACUGUAAGUAAACUUAUUUAGUGAGUGUGGGUGAGGAUGGAUGAUGGGAGUGGAUGGAUAUGGAUGAUGGGAGUGGAUGGAAAUGGAUGAUGGGAUUGGAUGGAUGGAUUGGGAUGGAUGGACAGAGAGUGUGUGUGUAUGUCUUUAAUUUUUUACUACUUGUGUGUUUGCAUAGAAACAUUUUAUAUAGAGCGUUCUCUAUAUAUAGUGUUUCUAUGCAAACACACAGUUUGGCUGAGGAGGGGGGCGGUUAUAGAAAGCGAACUGAGCUGUUCGUCAGACAGCUCAGCUCACGAACGCGCAUUCCACGCGAUAGAGGCGCUGAGUUCAGUCAUAGGGCGGCAUCCAGUCCCGCUCUAUGAAAAACGCGAUUGGUGCAGCGCGAAGCCGUGCAUGCGCACCAGAUUACAAUGACGCUUCUCUGAGAGAAGUGUCUGGUUGAGACCUGCGAUUUCGUCAUUUUGACGAAAAAGGGGGCGCGGAGUGGCUGGGAGCUCGGCGCUGGAACAGAGGUAAGUUUUUAUUAUAUAAAAGGUAAGUUUUUUUAUUAUGUAAAAUUUUAUAUGUAGACUAUAGUGUCCCUUUAAGGCAAAGUAGCCAAAAUGAAAGCACAGCUGUGUAAAAAAUAAAAAAUAAAUUUCCAGCUUGGCUUUAUUGAACCUAAAUGUAGUAUUCACUUUGUCUCAUUUUUGUGAAUAACCCAUUCCAACUUAGUCAGAAGGUAGAAUAAGACAUCUUAUGUAUUUUUCCUAUGCUUGACAACAAGGCAGAGCUACUGCUGUCCAGAUUUUUCAAUCUUGCGGGAUCCUCCAUAGACCUUAGUAUACAUUCGCACAUGCAAAUUUAUAUAUAAUGACAAAGGAAAAUAUGAUUGAUAUCUGUGUACCCAGAUUGCAAGCAAACCUUCAAAUGUAUGUUUAUGCACAUGUAUUUAUUUUGUGUAUGGUAAUUGUGACUUACACCAAUUUUUUACAAUGUCCUUGUUAAUGUAUUGACUGUGCCUCACCUAUACUUUCAUGUAAAGUGCCAAGAAUACAGAUUAGCACUGUCUAAAUAAAAGAUGAAUGCAUACGGAGACCUUCUGGCCAUUCAAAUGUGAGUUCCCUUCUUUUGCGAAACGCACUGCAAAGGUGCCAUCUAUGGACUGCAGGAUUGCCAUCUAGUGGUGAAAGUGUAAAACAUCAUCUGGUCUUUAAUUAUAUGCCAAACUGCAAUUUCAGGCUAAAAUAACAGAUUUGGUAAAACUCUUCAACUCUGCUAUAGUCAUGGCUUGGCUAUUUUAACGUGAAGUUUGUAAGAUUAAGUAUUUUGUAACAAUAAACUGCUUAAAUAAGGGAUGUGUGUUUUGUUUUAUUUUUUAAAAGAAUCCAUUAAGCCCCUCUUUACAUUUUCAUGACUACUCAAUAAAACUUUAUUAUAUGUGUUCUUCUGCACAACAAAUGCUUGGAGCUGUAUCCUGUGGCCUUCCAAGUCUCUCUAAUGCUUCAAUGACUAGACUAGAGAGUAACCAAUGUUUCUAUUCAACAAACAGAGUGGUUACUUUAUCAUAGCUUCCAAUAGUCCCAGAUUCAGGAGACCGACCUGCUAUCUGGUGUCUCCCUCCUGUUGACACUAGAGGCAAGUCACCAAUCAUUACACAAGCUUGCACUGAGCAAAGUAAACUUAGGGAAAUGAAUGAAAAGUUGUGGGGAUCUGGAGGACACGAACGAUACACGUGCCCCAUACAGGACCUUGGGAAAAGAAUCCACACUGGACCCCAGGAAAAGAAUACACAACAUCUCAAAUAAUAAUAAUGUGUGUGAAUGUGUCAGGUGAAUGUAUGAGUCAGUGUAUGUCAAAUCAGCGAGUUUGUCUGUCAGUGAAUGUGUGUGUGUCCGUUUUCUCUGCAUGUAAAUAUGUAUGUGUCUUCUGGAUGUAAAUGUGCGUGUGUCUGUCAGUGUCUGUGUGUAAAAUUAAUAUGUAUGUCUGUCAGUAACUGUGUGUCUGGAAGUGUGUCUCAAAUCAGUGAGAUUAUGUCUGGCAGUGUGUGUGUUAUUGUCCUCUGUAUGUAACUGUUAUGUGUAUAUUGUAUUUUAAUUUUGUGACUUUUAUACUUCAGAUUAAGAGUUCAUACACUCCUCCUUACAUUCACAAUAAUCACUUUAUGUGGUAUUUAUUUUAAAAAUAUUCUUUACUACCUUUAACCAGAUUUGUUCUCCAAUAUGGCAUUAACUUCCAUAUCAAUGUCUACACAUUUCCUUUGGAAUUUAAAUUAGCAGAAACAUUGUUUUACCCCAUUAAAUUACAUGUUAUUUAAGAUUUUGGAAUAGUUGGCAACCAGUUUUGACUUGUAGUUACAUUGGGAGGAGAGACACCCACUUGUAACACAGUGACACCCAACCAUGUUAGGUCUAAUGUUUUCUGUUCUGUAUUUAAAUUGUAAACUUAUCAAAGCCAUGAAAUCAAUGUAUUGUGUUCUUUGGUGUUGCAUAUUUUGCUGUCUAUACCAGUUAUAAAAGUUUGUGUCUUCUUUCUCAUGACAGAGCUUUAGAAGAAAAAAGAAAAGAGGAGGAAGAAAAGGAACAGAAAUUUAGAGAAGAGGUUCUGCAGCAAAGAAAGUUAAAAUUACAGGAGGCAACAGAAAAGUUUCAGCGAGCUCAUCUUCCCCCAUCACAGCGUAGAAGAACCGGUCAGUUUACAUUUGGAACUAAACUUUUAAUAAUAUUCUUCAGUUAUUUAAUCAAGAAGAGUACAUCUGGCUUCCACUUGUUUCCAAGUACAUUUUGGGAUCUAAAUGUAUUUAUCAUCUAAAUCAGUGGUUCCCAACAUGUGGUUCACAUACCCCCAGAGGUACACAAAAACAAAAAUUCAGUAAUGGCAGCUCUACCGCCGGCGCAUGUACACCACUAAUGUUGGGAACUGCAAAAUGAGGGUUCAUCAGGUGGCCCGUUCACUUUGGACUAACCGGUGAACAUGUGUCUUCAGGAGCCCAGUCGUGUGCUGUGGCGCUUUAACAGUGUGUUUUUGUUUAUCUGUAUGUAUGUAGUGUUAGUAUGUGUGUGGUAUAUGUGUGUCAGUGUGUGUAUAUGUAUGUCUGUGUAUCUGUGUGUGGCAUAUGUGUGUCAGUGUUUGUAUUUGUGUGUCUGUACAUCUGUAUAUACAUCUGUGUCGGUGUGUGUAUCAAUGUGUUUGUAUCUGUAUGUGGGUUAGUGUGUGUGUCAGUAUGUCUGUGCAACUGCAUGUGUGUAUCUGCAAUAUAUGUUGUAGUAACUCUUAUAGCUUUUUAAGCAGGGGGAGCCUGGGGCAGGGGAGCUUAGGGCAGAGAAAAGCAUAUACAUUUGAAAUAACAGCAACUAUAUUAGUUACAAAUAUUUUGUCUAUGAGAGGCACAAUUUUUGGAAAUUUGCUGCCAAGGAGUAGAAAAGUGAAAAAAGGUUGUAACUCGCUACUCUAAAUGGUGGGUUCCUUUUUUUAGCCUUGGAAUAAUCAAAGGCUGAGUUAACCAUGCUAUGAAUUAUUGCUGUAGUUGAAAAGGUGUUUGUGUAGUGGAUGUAGUGUGUGUAUAGUGAAUGCAGAGUGUGUGUUGUGGAUGCAGGACUUUAUUUACUGCGAGGCAAACAAGGUAUUUGCCUAGAGAGGCACUUUCAGGGGGGCAGCAAAAAACGCCACCCUAAGUGCCCAGGCAAAUGCAGUGUCCACGUUAGGGCCCCCCAGUGCAUUCAGAUACUCGGCGUGUAGGCGGGCGGCCAGGAAGCGCAGUCCUCUGAGCUCUUCCUGCUCCCUCGCUCGCCCUUCUAUGCCGGGAGCCGAAAUAUGACUCUGUGGAUUUAAAUAAUAAUAACAAAAAUAAAUAAAUUGAGUGUAUAAGAAAGUGUGUGUUUGUCAGUGUGUGUGUGUGUGUGUGUGUGUCUGUCAGUGUCUGUCUAUGAGUUAGUGAGUGAAUGUGUGUGUCUGUCAGUGUGUCAAAUCAGUGAGGAUGUUUGUGUCAGUGAUUGUAUGUCAGUGUAUGUGUAUCUAAGAGUGUGUGUCUGUCAAUGAGUAAGUGUGUCAUGUGUGUUGUUUAAACAGUGUGUGUGCCAAUGAUUGAGUGUAUGUCAGUGCAUGUGUCAGUGAGGGCGUGCGUCUGUCAGUCACAAAAGUGGCUUUGAUACAAAGUGGUGGGGCAAAUUCAGAUUAGGGGGUUGCCCGAAUUUAGUUGUGCCUAGGGCAGCACAAAUCCAGAAUACACCACUGAGUGAAUGCAGAUUGUGGGUUUGUGUAGUGGAUGUAGUGUGUAUAUAAUGAAUGCUGAGUGUGUGUUUUUGUAGUGUGUAUAUAGUCAAUGCAGUGUUUGUAAAAUGAGGGUGGGGAGCAUUUACAUUUUGUAACAUUUCUUUUAAAUAUUUUAUUUUUUUAACAUUUUAUUCCCCCCUCCCUGCUUGUUACCUGUCUGGGAGGGGUCCCCCCUUCCUGCUUGUUACUUGGUCUGGGAGGGGGGAGAUCACAUUCCCUGGUGGUCUGGUAGAAUGGUGCUCAAAAUCAGCUGCUGUACUCUGCAGAGGGGGCCUGCAGCACUCUCUGACUUCACUGCCCAGCAGCUCCUGUCUCUAACUCUCACGGCUUGUGUGCCAUGCGGAGCAUUGCCAUGGUAAACGUGGCAACACUCUGACGGCCGCAGAGCUUGCGAGAGUUAGACAGGACUGCUGGGCAGUGAAGUCAAAGAAGUGCUGCGGGCCCCCUCUGCAGAGUCCAGGUACACACACACAUAUAUCACUAAUCACUAUAUAUGUGCGUGUGUGUGUAGGCAAUAUGGGGCCCGGAAAUCCAAGAGCAGUCCAGGCCCCCAAGCCUGCCAGGCCCAUGACAAUCGUCAUGGUUGUCAUGCCCUGAUGGCAGCCCUGGUCAAAUAUAUCAUCUAUCAGUAAAAAAACAGUAAUGUUUCUAAUGGAACCAAACAAGCUUUGUUGUAUUUAACAUUGACAGUGGAUGUAGGGAAAAGAUGGGUGGGGAAAAAAGCUUCCUAAAUUGUAAUAACCAGAUUUUCCUCUGAGUGGCACUCUUGUACCAAAAAAGAGCGGAGAAUAUAUAUGUGUGUGUGUGUGUGUGUGUGUAUAAUAUAUAUAUAUAUAUAUGUAUGUAUGUGUGUGUGUAUAUGUGUGUGUGUAUAUAUAUAUAUAUAUAUAUAUAUAUAUAUAUAUAUAUAUAUAUUAAAAAGUGAAGGAAAAACUAUAUAUAUUUUUUUGUAUCUUAGUACAUCAAGGGAAAAAUUAAACUUCCAUUAUGCAGCACAAUCUUUGCUACAAAUUCUCAAAAAGACAGAGAACUUAAAAAGAGCCUCCCCGCACCCAUGUGACCCACGGGUGGGGGUUAGUAAUAUAAACAGGGGGACCUAAUGUCUUCCUGGUCCUCACCCAUGAGCAGUGGAUGGGGACCCUAAUCAAUUAUAUCCCCCUGGUCCACACCAAUGAGCGGCGGGUGGGGACCCUAAAUAAAUAAUGGGGGGGGGACCUAAUGUCCCUCUGCCAGGUCUUCACCCGGUGGGUGGGGACCCUAUUAACUUCCCUCCCACCCCCCCCAAUAAAAAUACCCUACCUACCCCUAUCACCCUAAUAAUAGUGAGGGGAGGCAAUAAACUAACCCUAUAAAAUAAAAUUUCAUAUUUACCAUAAGAUGUCUUCGUUCUUCUUUUCUUUCUUCAGCCCCAAAAAAGGCCAAUUAAAAAUCAAUACUGUUAAAAUAAAAAAAAAACAGAGCAAAAAAAAAAAAUGUAGGAAAAAAAGAAAACUCCCAACGGUAAAACAAUAAUCCUCCUUCACCCAUGGAGGGCACGCAGAAUGAGCUCCUUAGGGCAGGGGAAGGCUUUAUAAGCAGUUAGGCCCAGAGCGCUCUGGUUGGUUAAAGCCAACCAAUCAGUGUGCUCUGACAGGUAAAUGAAGAGACUGACAGGUAAUUUUGUUUUUAAGUCUCUACAUCUACCUGUCACAGCACUCUAUUGGUUGGCUUGAAAUGCUCUGUGUCAUUUUACACAGCAUGGGAAAGAUCUUUGGAUCUUUACUGCUCCCCCUUUUUUCCCCUUUUUUUCCUUUUCUAUUAUUUUUUUUUUUUCAUGUGAUUUGUGACCCAAAUGGCAGGAAAAUGUGUCUGUCCGUGUUCUGCAAAGUACAUAAAUAAUAUUGAUAUAAUGUAUAGAUUUUGCAGUAUAUUGAUUUGCCAUUUUUUGGACAAGCUUUAUAAUAUAUUUUUUUUUUUUUUUAUCAUAGAUACAUUAGUAAGAAAAUACGUAUAUAAGUUGUACAGAGUGUAGGUUCCAACAGCAUACAUGACACUUUCUGGUAGCAUCAGACGUACAUUAAGCUUUAUCAGGGUAAAUCACAACAUUGUCAACGAUCAGAUUAUACUGUCUCACAGAGGCAUGUUGUUUGGCAGUUGCAUGCAGCUAGUGCUCCUUUAGUGUGGAAGGGUCACUUUUAUGGAGAGGUGUCUGUGUCAUGUUGGAACAGCCUUUCUAGGUGAAAUCUAUGUACAGAUAAGUAAUGUUGAAAGUGGCGUGUUUGUCCGUCAGGACAAAUAUCUCUACCUGCAACCCUCCCGCAACAUCAAAUGUCCCUUCUACCGCCACCUAGUGGUAGGACCAUAAGUGGAAUGUAUCAAGGGUAGGGAGUCGGUGGAUUGGCCCAUUUUUUAUCUCUUUUGGUUCAUCUGAGUCAUGUUCCAAAACGGUACUUAUUUUUUUAUAUUUUGGUUAAUGAACUUCAAACAAGUCAUAAGUGCCAUAUGGUCAAAAUGCUGCUGUCCUGGAAUUUUUAUUUUAAGAAAUGCACAAGUCUACUAUUUACAGAGUAACGGAACUGAAGCAUGCUUGCAGUUACAUUCAAAAACUGUCCUUUAACUUUGGAUUCAUGUUUCAUCAUUUUAUAAAUGUGUUUUUUUUCCAGCUUAUGUUGUUAGUCGAAAACCAACACCGAACUUAGAGGAUGCUCUUGAACAAAUUCAGGGAUCCGUUUCAUCCACAAAUUACUAUUUAUUUCCAAACAGAAACUCCAGCAAUACAAGGUAAUACUUAUACUAUAUGUUUUUUUCCAAUUAUUUUUAUAGAAGCACAAGUUAAGUUAUAAGUUGAAUAUCACUUGUUGAUAUUGUAUUCUGCUGGGCUUGAGAUAGUAAGUAAGAUAUCCUGUUAAGUUAAGUUCGUCUGUGAAAUUUUGUUAGUUGGCAAAAAAUAGAUAUCUAUUUUAUGUCUUUGUUUUUGUCUUUCUUUCUAGAUCUAGAGGUACACCUUCAAGUUUGUUUUCAGCAGGAAACGGGACCUGGCAUAAAAAUCAACGUCCAGACUCCACACUGGGGUUUGAAAGACUAGUUCAUGAACAAAAAAUUCCGAAUACGAACCAAUUUGAUAGCAAUCGACUUUACUUCCAGCACAAGCUUGAGGAAGCACAGCGGCUCUUAGAAGAGCACCACCUCAGCAAUCUGCAGGUAACAAAGAAACAUAUUACUUUAUAUUACAACUGAGCAGUCUAGGAUGGAUUUCUAUGAGAUUUUCGGGAAUAUUCCAUAAAGCUUUGGAACCCACUGUCUUCUGAUGUUCUCCUUUUUAAUUUAAGAUAAAUUAUGCAUUUGUUGCUUUGGUAGCUCUUGUAUGUUAACUUGAGCUUGCCAUUACAGAUUGACUUUUAAAAAGAUUGCUUUUACUUCUCUAAAAACAUCAGAUCAACCAGUAAAUGGUGCUGAUAUUAUAAAUAAAUCAAUCAUGGAUAUAGCGAUACAUGUAAACAAAAAUGUAUUACCAAAGUACAAUCCACAGGCUUCAGAGAGUAGGUGCUCAGCAGUCAAGAUUAUUGGUGCUUACAGGACACAACAAGACAUUGUUUCAGCUUACCCGGCCUUAAUCAUGCAAAACUAACAUAAAAUGAUAAGAAGUAUAAAUAUCUGGAAAAAUGUAUUACCUCUAUCGAGACACAGAAUACUUUAUCUCACGUGUUUACACAACAACUAAGAAAGACACCCAGAUUCAUAUUCUUUUUCUCUGUCACUUAACUCCUAAGAUGAUUCACUAAAGUGUGAAUUGUUUGGAAUUUAACAUGAAGUUCACAUUUUAGGCCAGAAUAUCUAAACUGAAAGUAUAGCUCAAUGGAGGAUGUUUUUCCAGUGUGGCUAAUAUAACCUACUACUUGAAAUGCACAUUUAAUUUUUAAGCUUGUGACAAUUCACACUAUAAUAAACCACCCUUAAAUAUGUAAAUGUUUGACUUUUGAGUUGGUUAUACUAAUCUGUUUUAGGUCACAGUUAAUAUACAUACAUUAAAAGUCUGUACCAGUGGUUGAACUGUGUUUCUGGGCUUUUUCAUCACCUGUUGUAUAAAUGUAACACAUCUAUUCUUUGUUUUGUUUGCUUCUUCCUUUGCCACCGAACAUCUACUAGAUGUAGAAAACAUUAGCGCAUACUAGCCAAAAGGAAAGGCUCAGCUGACAUUUGCUAAUUAACAACCCAAUCAUUGAGGAGCCAGCUAUGACAACGAGCUUAAUGACAACUCCAUUGACCGUUCUGAGACACUUCUCAGCCUAGCCACACCUGCUCUGGCUGAGAUUACCAUUACUGAUGAUCUCUGCAAAUCUAGUGCUUUCCUAUUGGGAUACAAUGGGCGACAAGAGUUCAUGCAUCUCCUUAUGGGAAGCAUUAACUCAAUCUUUGCAAGUCCACAAUCAGAAAGCCCUUCUAGGCAGCAAUGUAAACACUGCAUUUUUUAUUUUAGAAAAUACAGUAUUUACACUACUAAAAUUGCAGGGACAGUCUCUUUGCCUCAGAGCCACUACACUAAGCUGCAGAGGUUCUGGUGCUUAGAGCAUCUCUUUAACACUUACAGAGUUGUUUACUAAACUGCAUAUUCAAAGUCCCAUCAAAGUGAAUUUCAAAUUCAAAGCCAGAGUAGCUGGACUUAAAGCAUAGCUGACUUUGUUCCAGUUUGGCUACUUUGAACUGCUUUUAGAAGUAGUCAUGGUAGUAGAAAUAUGUAUGUGCUGUGUUUUUGCUGAUAGUUGCACUUUUGUGACAGCGGCUAGUUGCACCCACUGCACAUGUGACUUAGGCCUGUUCCUGGCUGCCUAAUGUCAGUUCUGUGCAAAAAAAUACUUCUAAGCUCAUCUUUGUACACUGCAUCCCCUUUAAUCUUAAAAAGCAAUUUUUGUUGUUUUUUUUUUAUUUCCCCAUCCCCUCCCUCUCUGUGUGUAACUCCACUGACUUCCUCACCGGCUCAGAGCCAGUACAAUGGUCCAAUUAAAGGCUUCUCUUGAUUGGACGGCAACUGGGCAGCAGGGGGAGCUUUGUCCUGCGCUGGAUUCCGGGUGCGUCAUUUUCUAUUUUCAGCAUUAUAAGGGGGGAUUAUCAAAAAAGAAAAAUAGUGUACCUACACAGUCUGAAAUAGAAAUCAGAAAUUAUGACUGACUGUCAAAUCUCAGAGAUACUACAGGGAGUGCAGAAUUAUUAGGCAAGUUGUAUUUUUGAGGAUUAAUUUUAUUAUUGAACAACAACCAUGUUCUCAAUGAACCCAAAAAACUCAUUAAUAUCAAAGCUGAAUAUUUUUGGAAGUAGUUUUUAGUUUGUUUUUAGUUUUAGCUAUGUUAGGGGGAUAUCUGUGUGUGCAGGUGACUAUUACUGUGCAUAAUUAUUAGGCAACUUAACAAAAAACAAAUAUAUACCCAUUUCAAUUAUUUAUUAUUACCAGUGAAACCAAUAUAACAUCUCAACAUUCACAAAUAUACAUUUCUGACAUUCAAAAACAAAACAAAACAAAUCAGUGACCAAUAUAGCCACCUUUCUUUGCAAGGACACUCAAAAGCCUGCCAUCCAUGGAUUCUGUCAGUGUUUUGAUCUGUUCACCAUCAACAUUGCGUGCAGCAGCAACCACAGCCUCCCAGACACUGUUCAGAGAGGUGUACUGUUUUCCCUCCUUGUAAAUCUCACAUUUGAUGAUGGACCACAGGUUCUCAAUGGGGUUCAGAUCAGGUGAACAAGGAGGCCAUGUCAUUAGAUUUUCUUCUUUUAUACCCUUUCUUGCCAGCCACGCUGUGGAGUACUUGGACGCGUGUGAUGGAGCAUUGUCCUGCAUGAAAAUCAUGUUUUUCUUGAAGGAUGCAGACUUCUUCCUGUACCACUGCUUGAAGAAGGUGUCUUCCAGGAACUGGCAGUAGGACUGGGAGUUGAGCUUGACUCCAUCCUCAACCCGAAAAGGCCCCACAAGCUCAUCUUUGAUGAUACCAGCCCAAACCAGUACUCCACCUCCACCUUGCUGGCGUCUGAGUCGGACUGGAGCUCUCUGCCCUUUACCAAUCCAGCCACGGGCCCAUCCAUCUGGCCCAUCAAGACUCACUCUCAUUUCAUCAGUCCAUAAAACCUUAGAAAAAUCAGUCUUGAGAUAUUUCUUGGCCCAGUCUUGACGUUUCAGCUUGUGUGUCUUGUUCAGUGGUGGUCGUCUUUCAGCCUUUCUUACCUUGGCCAUGUCUCUGAGUAUUGCACACCUUGUGCUUUUGGGCACUCCAGUGAUGUUGCAGCUCUGAAAUAUUGCUAAACUGGUGGCAAGUGGCAUCGUGGCAGCUGCACGCUUGACUUUUCUCAGUUCAUGGGCAGUUAUUUUGCGCCUUGGUUUUUCCACACGCUUCUUGCGACCCUGUUGACUAUUUUGAAUGAAACGCUUGAUUGUUCGAUGAUCACGCUUCAGAAGCUUUGCAAUUUUAAGAGUGCUGCAUCCCUCUGCAAGAUAUCUCACUAUUUUUGACUUUUCUGAGCCUGUCAAGUCCUUCUUUUGACCCAUUUUGCCAAAGGAAAGGAAGUUGCCUAAUAAUUAUGCACACCUGAUAUAGGGUGUUGAUGUCAUUAGACCACACCCCUUCUCAUUACAGAGAUGCACAUCACCUAAUAUGCUUAAUUGGUAGUAGGCUUUCGAGCCUAUACAGCUUGGAGUAAGACAACAUGCAUAAAGAGGAUGAUGUGGUCAAAAUACUCAUUUGCCUAAUAAUUCUGCACUCCCUGUAGACUAGUUGCUACCAUAGUACUAGAUCAAUAAAAUAAAAAAUAAAAAUUUUUUUUAAUUAUAACAAAUCUUAACAUGUGGUGAAUAUGCUUGUGUACAAACAGUGAACAUAUGAAAGGUAUUAGAAAUCCAUACACUGUUAAAAAUGCCUACUAGUAUUAUGGAUUAAUACAGCAAUGUAAACAAUAAAGCAGGACGGAUUGAGACUACACAGGAAGAUUGGUAAGUAUGGAGUCCUCACAGUGGAGUCAAUCAGUAAUAAACAUAAAUUGCUAAAUGGAGAUUAUAGCAAGAUGGUACUAAAUAGUAUAGAAACACUAUCUAAUCUGCCUAAAGAUAACAGUUCAGCAGGACUGAUUAAGACCACUAAUAUGAAGUCCCAGCAGUGGUGAUUUAGAUAAGCUGCUGAAUGAAGGUAAUGAUAGGAUAGUACUAAUGGUAAAAAAGAAGCUUAAUUUAUCAAGGAGAAUUAAACUUUUAUUAGAAACCUAGAUAUAGUUAUAGAAUUCCUAUAGUCAAAACUGUCUAUUCGUCACUAGGUAUAUAUGUCUAUAUGUCCACUUAUAACUCACAGAAUACCAUAUACGUAUCAAUCUGUAACAGGCAGAGAAGUCAUCUGGGGGGGGCGGGUUGAAGUUGCUAAUGGGUUCCAUAGCUGGAUCUCUAAGUACUCAGUGUAUAGAAUUCUGUUAGUGCUAACUCUUCAAGAUAUAAACGGAGACUUGUCAGGAUGCUGAUAGCUGCACAAUCAACUAGCUAUACUAUACCAGCAUCCCCCCCCCCCCAAAGUGGGAUAUACAGGUGAUACUCGAAAAAUUAGAAUAUCGUGCAAAAGUUCAUUUAUUUCAGUAAUGCAACGUAAAAGGGGAAACUAAUAUAUGAGAUGGACGCAUUACAUGCAACGCAAGCCGUGAUUUGUCAUAAGUGCGAUGAUUAUGGCUUACAGCUCAUGAAAACCCACAAUCUCAGUAAAUUAGAAUAUUACAUGCAAUCAGUAAAACAAGGAGUGUACAUAGAACAAUAUCGGACCUCUGAAAAGUAUAAGCAUGCAUAUGGACUCAGUACUUGGUUUGUACCCCUUUUGCAGAAAUUACUGCCUCAAUGUGGCGUGGCAUGGAAGCUAUCAGCCUGUGGCACUGCUGAGGUGUUAUGGAAGACCAAGAUGCUUCAAUAUCGGCCUUCAGCUCUUCUGCAUUGUUCGGUCUCAUAAAUAAAUGAACUUUUGCAUGAUAUUCUAACUUUUCGAGUAUCACCUGUAGAUACUUAUCACUAAAUUAGUCCCCAAUCAUCAUGAAAUGGGAUCCAAAGGUAGAGAUCUUGUACUGCGAAAAAAUUUAAAUAGGGAACAGGGAGAGAAAAAUGAACAUAUCCCCCCUAACCAUCCAAGGUAAAUCAAGCAACAAUCCCCCUCCCAAAAAAAGCAUAACUUCAGAACAAGUGGUUAUUUACCUUGCAGCCUUUCGAGACACAGGGAUCCUGAGACAGGAAGAGUUCCGAUGAUUGCUAAGCUGUGGGAGUAAUCACAUUCUGAUGGUAAACAGAGUCUGACAGAACACUGGGCAUGGACAGGUGCAAGAUACACCUUCCCAUGUGAUGUGAAGAGCUAAGGACGUCAUAUCCUGGCGGACAGCACUCUGUGCAGGGAGGAUAGAAAAGUCAUGGGGACAUUCUGCAGACUGAGUUCAAGAUUAAGGCUACUGGUAAUGUUAAACAUGGAAUGGGGCUGUACAGUAUAUGUUAUUACCACUGUGUUAACCAGUCAAAAUAUAUAUCUGUGUUUGUGUGUGUCCCAACGCUUAUCCCAUGAGGACAGUUUUGCCAUGUCUUACUACAAGAUGGUUACUUUUCUCCUGUGCAUUGUUCCAUUUUGUUACAUGUGUGUGUGUUUUUGUAUAUCUUGUUUUGUAAAAUUAAUGCACUAUAAAAUAAAAAAUAAAAAAAGUAAUUGUAUAUAAAUGUUCUAAAAUGAAUAAAAAUAUUUCAUUUUUGUAUUUCAGAAUUUCCACCAGGAAGUAAACCAACUUGCACGUUCUAAGAGCUUGGACAGUUUAGACAGUCUCGAAGAAGAACUUGAUGAAAAAGACCAAAGGAAUGUACUAGAAGAUUUCAUUUGUGAAAAUGGAUACAAAGAAAUCUCUCCUUACAGUAUAAAUAAUUCUGAUCCAGAAACAAAACAUUGCACUGUUAAUGAAAAUACUAGUUAUUUGAAUGAUAAAAAUUUGUUGUUUGAUCAGAUGCCUACUGCCAAGUAUUUACAUAGCAGAGACCAAGCAAUUAUGCUUGCUCGUACAACUGAGCAACAAGGAACAAACAAUUUUAUCCAGAAUGAAAUUACACAUACUGAAAAUGCUCUGGUCACCCAAAAUCAAGAAAAUGCCCAAAAGUUUAUUUUUGAUCACAAAAUAAGAAAUUAUGAUUUGGGCAGUGGAGAGAAAAGAACUUCUCAUUUUGUGGUUGUACCUAGCAAAGCUUGGGCCACUCCUGACCCAGCCUCAGGAGAUGCCAGUCAAGGCUCUGUACCACAUGAAAACAAAGAAACAAUAAAACACCAAGGAGUAUCAUUUAAACCUACAGUGACUCAGCCCUUGGCAACACCAGUAGUCGUUCCACUUGUGGAAUGGGAACGUUCUGCUUCUAAAUGUCAUGAUGGAGUAGGCACCUAUGUAAAAAAGGAUAUCAACGUUGUGCUUUCAGAUGCUAGAACAAAUAAUUUGACUGCUACGAACAAUGCAGAUUUUAUUUCCAUGAAUAAUAAGCGGACGGAGUACCUAGACAGUAAAAAUCAGGAGCUACUGGUGCAUGAAGAUCCAUCUUUUAUGUCCUCUGUCAAUAAAGAUUUUGGUGUACUACAUGAUCAAAGUCCUUCUUCUUCAAGUACCUCAGUUACUCCCACUGAUCCUGAGCCUGGAUUCAUUGGACAGUAUAGAAAGACUAGAAAUAAUGCUUCUGGGAAGGAUGGAAACAGAUUACUGAAGAGUAUUUUAAAAAAGGGCUCUAAAUAUGAAAAUGGGUACAUAAGAGGUAUGGGUUUUAGCAAAGUGUUGCAUCUUGGGGAUAAGAGUAACCUCGGUGUCAGAGACAGUGUUGAACUAACCAAAGAAAAAGAAAAUAAAAAAAUAAUCUGUAAAAAACUUAGAUGGUUAGACGAAAUUGAUAAAAUGAUGGAUGGAAAAGAUGCUGUGGUUGUUAACAAACGUGUAUCUGGUGUAGAAAAAGCUAUGUCUGAGAAUCUUUCUAGUACAAGUCAUCAAGGAUGUGCCUUCUCAAAUACUAAUUUAUUACCUGAAAGAACAGAACCUUUAAGUGUGCCACAGAGUUCUGUGUUUUCUACGGGUUACCAUUUCACUAAACAAGCUUGGGUAACCUCAAAAGGAGUAGAGAGUAACUCUUCAGAGCAUAACAGUAGAAAUUUACCUAAGGCAAAGACUAAAUUAGUAAAGAGACCAAAAUCUGCUAAAAAUCAAUACACUGUUACACACAGAAAUAGAAAGGGCACCAUUAUACGACCACAAUCGGCCACAGAGGCAAGUAAGAUUUUAAAGUCUCAGGGAAAAGUUAUGAUGCCACAUCCUCCACCGAGACCAGCAUUAGAAAACAACAGUGGUCAAAAUGCAACAGAUGCCAAGAUGCAAUACGUAAAUAAUAAUAAUUACCAGUUUAAUAACUCUAGCAAUAGCAGUCAUAUAACUGCCAAGGACACAGGCUCAAAUCAAAGCUUAGUACGUGCCUCCAGCAAUUUGAUGACAAACCAAAACUGCAAUUCAUCAGAACCAGCGAUAAAAUCAGUGCUGGCUUUAAAUAAUGACCGGCCUUUGGCUGUGCAAGAACCUUCAUCAGGCCCCACCAAAAGAUAUCCAAUUUAUGGUGAAAAUGGACUGCGCUUGGACCAUACACCAACCGAUGAAGAAAUUGCUCUUCUAUGGCAAGGAGUCCGAAGUGCCUUAAAUCACAAAAAUGCAGGUACGUGCAGGCUUAUACAACCCAAAGGUCUAUGUCAAGGAAAAAUGUACUUACAAUAUGUGUAUUGUCACAUUUUCCCAUGGGAUAUAUCUUAACACAUGUACAUCUAUUUUUUUUACAUAUCUUCUUUGUCAUUGUAAAGGUAAUUGAAAUCGUUUUUUCACUGACUUAACAGUGACAUUUAUUCACAAAUUGUAUUGAGCUGACACCCAUUUUUAGAAUAUGGAUUGUGCAGACUAAUGAAUGAUAAAAUUUCUUAUAAUAUGCUUAGCGUUUAAGUGAUUUUUUAAAUAAGGAAUAGUUAAUUACAUAUAUAAAUGUAUGCAUAUAGUAGAGGACCCAAGAAUGCGGAAUACACCAAAAAAUACCACCCGGAGAGGUGAGUGUGUGUAUAUAUAUAUAUAUAUAUAUAUAUAUAUACAAUUCUUGUGCUUUUGUAUGCUCUUGUAUUUGCAAGCUAUUGUACAUAUAUUCGUAUGCAUACAUGGUUUUGAAUUAGGAGUCGCCCUACCUCCUGACCAUAGGACCACAAUCUCAAAUGAUUGAUGGAACUAAUACGGUCUGUAUGGUUCCUCAUUCCUUGCUGUACCAGGUAGUAUACACAUGCUUCUAAAGUAUCUGAAUGGUUUAAAUCUGUUAAUAUGAAAGGUAAACCUGUAGAUAGAUAAUAUAUCCCAGUAUCCCAGUAAGUAAUACCAAUAGUAAUAAGUACUCUAACACCUUAGUGAGUUUUCCCUUAAAACCUCACAGCAAAUAGCAAUAUACAUACAAUUUAAGGCAGAGUAUUUUCCUUGUUUGUUAUAAAGCUGGAAUGGUUCCUGGACCAAUAGGUUCUAGGAAUAAAAUAUAAACAGACAGAUAAUAGUGCAGUAUAGCCAAUAUAAAUAGUAACGUGCUAUAAAUGGAUGAAAUGCCACUCACAAAUGCAGAGCCAUGAAAAUUGGCUCAGAUUUCCAGCUUUGUGGGAUAUAGAGGUACCCACUCCCUUCUUUGUGCUGAUUGAUGAACUCAAGCAGAAUAGAUGUAUUUAAAGAUCAGUUGAAAUAGAAAGUGCUUUAUUAGUAAAGUGCACAAUAUGAUUAAAAAUUAUAAAGAAUAAAAUGAAAACCUUACAAUUCUGAAGGCAAAGUCCUUUGUAUAAAGUCCUUAUAAAGUGCAAAAUGCAUUUCACCUCAGUUGCUGCUUCGUCCUGUUCAAGAGUUCUUUUUAUGUAUGAUUCUUAAUUGGCAGUCGUUUUUCCCCUUCUAUUUUCGGCCAUCAUUUUUACUUCCGCUUUUUUGCGUUCCAACCGUGGAGCGCAUACGUCACGUGGUAUUUGUCGGAACACACCCUUGCGUUCCAAAGCCGUUUUCACGAUCUUUUAAAAAAGAUCUCCGCCUUGAAUUGUAUGUGUAAACCUGUAGAUAGAACUGCUUAGUCUCCCCAGACCUCGUAUUACCUUGUUUAAGUCCCCUUUCACUUUUGUUUCUUGUCCUUUCCUGCAUUUUAGUCUCUCAUCAAUACUUGCAUUUGUCUUCCAUGUAAAGCACUCCACUAACAGGGUUAUUUACUAGAAUGAGAAUUCACAGUGGGUUUCAAAGUUAAUCCCAAGGUAGCUGGAAGCAUAACAGACUUGGAUAUUGUGUCCAGUUCAGCAAUUUUGGCUUCAAGUUUGAAAUUCGCUUUGAUUUCCCCAUAAAUCUCACUUUAGUAAAUAUUCCCUUUCUAUUUUGAGAUCAUUUCAGUUCUAUUCUGUUUGUUUAUUUUAUUUCGUCUUUCUAUGUGGAGUAUUGCUUCAAUGCCUCUGAAAUGCUUUUUGUGCACGAAUAUCACACCUACACAUGGCCUGAUGGUGAUGUUUUGGCACAUGUGCCUGGGCCUUUGGGGCUGAUUGCUAACAUUCUGUGUAUAAGUGCCCAUUAUUAACCAGCACUUACAUUUACUAUAAUCUGUACAAAAGCCUAUAAUAUAAUAUAUAAUAUUUGUACGUGCUUUUUUAUGACUGGUUUUAUGUGUUUACACAUUUUUUUGUAUAGAUACUUGAAUGUUUAUACUCUUGUCAAAGCUUUCUCAAGGUGACGUUCCAAAAAGAGCAGUGUUUGCAAUAUUCAACUGGAACUAUAGAUUUUUCAUUUAGUAGAUGGCGACUGACCUGUGUUUCAUUGAUGUACUUGUGUUCUGGUUUUAUCAGCACUACCAGCAGUCGUUGGUGUAGGUGAUGUCUUUGAAGGAUGAGAUGUUUUGUGACAUAGUUGGCGGUGGGUUGUGUUUAUGUGGCUGCACUUGAAUAAAUAUUGUUCUAGUAUAAUUAUGCCCCACAUUAUAGUUGAAUUCAGCUAUCUCCUGUUGUACCUGGCACCAUUUACUCUUUUGCUAAGACUCUUGUUGGUGUAAACUUGCUUUUGGCUUCCUCCACUUCUGUAUAUGAUCUGCAUUUACUUGAGAUGUGAAUUGUACAUGUAUGGUGUAUGUAUGUAAAAUGUGACACUCUAUUUAUAAAAUAAAUAAUAUAAAACUUUGCAAAUGUCCGUAUAGUCUACAUGACCCUUCUUCUAAUAAUACCAACCUGGACCUCAUGCUCAACAUGUCCUGUAAAUAUUUUACCAGACAUGGUCUCUCUCCCCGUUCUGUGCCUGUAGAUGUAUUUCCCUGUCCUUUAAUAAAUUUCUGUUUCUCAGGUAAGACAUUUACAGUAAUGGUGAUAGUGAUGUUAUUUAUUUUGGGUUUCCUUUUCAGGGGAUUUCCGUUCUGGCGAACUGGCGUCUAACUUGAACUCUUUGCGGCCUAACCUGUCACAUGUUCUUAUUGAUGGAGGAACUCUGCUGACUAACUGGAAGUCAUUUUCUAGAAUGAAUGGGGCCUUCUCACCUGCCAACAAUGGUAAGUAUUUAACGAUUUGUGGUGAAUAAUAUGAGACUAAUGUUAUUGCCAUCUAAAAAGGUAAGAAUAAUGCUGCGGAUCCAAAAUCAAAUAAAACAUGGAUGUCACAAUCGAAAAAAUCCAUGUGAGCAAAGUUUCAGUGGAUAGAAUAGACUGGUUACUGGAGAGGAACAUGUUUUAAGGACAUUUCAAAAUGACUCAAUGAUUGAUGGAGCUAAAUAUUUUCAAUUUAAAGUCAUCCAGGCCACAUUUCAGUGUCAUGGUAAAACACUGCCAUUUUGCAGAAAUGGUAAUGUUUACUUUAACCCCUUAAGGACACAUGACAUGUGUGACAUGUCAUGAUUCCCUUUUAUUCCAGAAGUUUGGUCCUUAAGGGGUUAAUGGGUUAAACCUCCAGUGAUUGUUACACUGACCGCCACUGGAAGUGCUUCUAUGACACUGACAGGGGAAAACCUGGUUAUAUGAUGUGGAAGCCCCGAUAGGAAAGCAUUGAUUCAAUGUUUUUUUGUGGGAAAAGCUUGUUUCUUUGUGAGGAGCAUUAGAUUAAACCACGCUGGAGGAAGCCAUGCCUUCUUUAUAACGUUUAUGUGAGAGGACAUAUAAGCAGCACUGAGGGAGGCUUGGCGCUGGAAAAGGAAAAAGCCUAAUUUUAUUAUUUUUGUGUGACACGGGGAGGGUGGGAUCUAUCUAACAAAGGACAUGGACACUAAAGCUUUAGUGUUCCUUUAAAUCACGUGUUAAAUCCAAUUUAAAAAGACCAAAUAUUAAAAGUACUCUUCAAUUCCCUGAAGCAAUUCAGCUUCCUAAAGUGCUUUAGGGGUUAAUUAAAUGUCUUCUUUUUUAGCACUUCUAUAAAUCCCCCUUGGAUUUAAUAUUUCAAAGAAUACAUGAGUGCUUCUCAGACAGAAACAUUGGUUUCAAUGCUUCUCUAUAAGAAGCAUUUUUUGGCAAAUCAUAGAUAUUUUGGGGGAACGAAAAGCCUUGGACAGUAUAAAACACCCCUUAUCUUGCAAUAUGCCACACAGAGUCCUAAAUAUUAGUAUAAAAGCAAAACUACACAAUUAUACAAAUAAUACUGGUUAUAUAGCCUGCUUAUAGGUUUUGUAAGGCAUUGCUUGCAGCACAGCUUACUGAAAAUGGCAACAUAAUGUGAGUAAUGUCUGCAUUUGAACAUUAUGCCCACAUAUAAUAAGUAAAGUUGAAUCAUAUAUUUCUAAAAAUAAAGUUAGUUAAAAAGUGCAGUUACAAUCUUCUGAAUGUCUUUUUCUGAAUCAUCUUAUGUCUGAAAUGUUAAUGUUAAGGUAGUGUUAAUGGCUUAUUCACUUGAACACCCUCCAGGAAUGGUAUCACCCAUUGAAACCUUCUUUACUGUUUGGAAGGGUGGGGGUAGCUGUUGUUUUCAACACAUUUGCAGACACUGGAUUAGUGAAAUGGGUGUUUUGCAGAGGAAAUAGUUUCUCAACAAGCUGGUGAUCAUUCCUGGGUUGUAUAUAAAUGUGAGUGAGACUGUAUGGACUAAAUUUCAUUUUGAAAAGUAAAUGAAAGUAAAAAUGUUUAUUAUUUCUUUUGGGAGUGAAGAGGUUAUGCUCAGAAACUGACAUUAAAAGGGAGAGAAGGUAAGGGAUGAAAUGGAGAAUAUUGCAUAGACCUAAAGGAUUAAUAUAUAUUAGAUGGCAUCAUACUUGCUCAGUAUUGUUAACCCCUUAAGGACACAUGAUAUGUGUGACAUGUCAUGAUUCCCUUUUAUUCCAGAAGUUUGGUCCUUAAGGGGUUAAAGAACAUGCAUCCGAUAUAUUUACUGCUGCUUUAAAAGAAAUUCCCAGAAUUGCAUAUAAACUAUUCCUAGCCUUUAUAAAAUGUAUUUUCCUUCAGUCUUUGUACGAAUGCUUGUUCCUUUGGGGAAACACUAAAUGGAAUGUUAUUGAUGAUGUCUGAGCACCUUCACAGCAUUUCAAUCGCGCAAUGACUGUUCCAAAGUAAAAAAAAAAUUUCCAUGAAAGCAGUUAAACAUUUCUGCUUAAUUUAAAUUGGAGACUGAAAUCAUGAUCUGACAGAAGAGUAAAUAAGUAUUUCUAAAGUACAAAUUAAUUGUAUUUGUGUUAUGUCUUCCAAUAAACUUUAUUUUUAUCCCUUUUUAAGGUUAUAUUACACUUGCAAGACGGAAACAGAUUGCAGACAGCAGUGAAAAUAAACGCAGAGCCCUGCUGGAGCAAAGAAAAGGCAGAGCAAACUCUGCAGGAUUGAGAAAUCAUCAUGUGCAGGUAUUACUUACAGAGAUUGAAGGGGAACCUUAGAGGGAUACAAACUUGUAUUCCUGACACUAUAGUUUUAAAGGCGCCGUUUGUUUCCGGCCUUCCUUGCUUCCCUUUAGAAAGGUGUUGAAACUUUUCUUUUGCCUCACUGGUCUCGCCUCGGCCGGUUCCAUUCUCCCAUGGCUGAAAUCAUCAAAUUUGACGACCUCAGACAAUCCUUUCCCGUUGGAAAGCAUUGGAAGGCUAUUUGACAUGCGUGGCAAAAUGCGCUCUGCGCCAAUCAGCAUCUCCUCAUAGUGAUACAUUGACUCAAUGCAUCUCUAUGGGGAGCAUUCAGCAUUGAGACCGUGAACGUUGUUGCUGUAUUAACCCAGGAAGCCUGCAGGGACAGGCUAUGGACACCAGAACCAUUACAUUAAGGUGUAGUUAUUCUGGUGACUAUAGUGUCCCUUUAACUUACCAGUAUUUUUAAUAUAAUGUUUUCUUAUCCACUAUAUUUAACAAAUGUGUUGGUAAGGUGUGAAAUUUAAUUGUAGAAAUUCACACGUAUGCAUUUUCUUAUGUCCUAUAUCUGAGUGCCUCCAUCUUGGCUCCCUGUCAAUCAUUGCAUAUGCUCUGCCCCUAGCACCCGUGAAUUUACAUGGGAAGAAGAGGAGAAAUAGAUACAAUGUUUCUUUUUCUCUUAGUCUGAUACAUUGUGUACCCUGGUUGUGCCACAGAAUGCACUGGAAAGAAAACAUAGCAUAGUGCAUCAUGUGAAAAAUUUUAUCACAAGGUGAUGUGUAAUACUUUGUUUAAAGGAAAACUCUAACUUUAAAAAUAUUAUUUAUUUUUAUAGUUAGAUGUGUUCCUUACUGUGUUUAGAUUCAGGAUCUCCCUUUUGUUUAAAACAAAAUUAAAUAAGUUCAUUAAAAUAUUUUAAAAAAAUAAAUAAGUGUAAUCCAGCGCCAGGACAGUCACCUGUCCUGUGAGAUCUGUCUCUAAGCAGAUACUUCUCGAGGAGAAGCACUGUGGCCAUAAGGCACAUGUUGGGAAUCACUGCUCCGAUGCUUCUCAUGCUUUACGUUGGCGGCGUUUCACAUCGUCCUGCACAGCAACCGUGAAGACCUUUAAAAAUAGAAGGUCCCAAGGAUGAAGAACCUCUAGUGGCUGGUUGUCUAACGGCACCUAGAGGUGUAUAUUAAAGGAAAAAUGUAUACCAUGCAGUUUAAUCAGAAAUGGCUAAACAUAAGGAACAGACCAUAAGAUUUGGUGGUUUGGGUUCUUAAAGUGUCACUUUAAUGGUGUACUUUCCACAUGAGGGACAGUUCCUAUUGAAGUAUUGGGCGACCUCGCUUUCUUCCAUAUUCGUUUGUCAUCUGUUAAGCCCCUUAUACUUCUGCAGAACUGUAUCAAACUAAUUAAAACAGCUGAUAUUGUUUGUUUUUUUAACAUAUGAGCAGGUAAAACACUAAUUUCUACAUUUGCCUGGUGCUAAAUCUCAGUCACUUCCAUGCUUGUCCUUCAUUAUAUCGUGGGCCAUGAUUUGUUGGUUGUAUUUUGCUGGUUUGCAGGCCCAUGUGCUUAGAACAUAUUAUGCCAAGCAAGUUUUCCAGAAUGUUAUGUUUUUAUGGUCUGUCUUGUUAUGCCAAAUGGAACACUUCGAAAUCUUGACUAUAAUUUGCCUAGAGUAAUAUGUCUGCAUAGUCUCUCUGCUUGUGGCCUUGAGCUUGACACAUUACGUCCCUACUCGAGUGAUAGUGUGAUAUGUCAGUAUAGAUUGUUUUGUUAAGACCAUGUGCUACUCACUGUUUUCGUUCUGGAUACUGACACAAUUUUUGUAAUAUGUCCGUAUAGUCUGUUUUGUUAUAGCCAUGCAAAUAAUACUUAGACCGUGAUUCGGUUAGUGUAGAGGCCAUGUUUUUGCACUUACUUCAUGCUAGACAAGGCUUGUUUUAAUGUGCAAUAUGUGUAUAAAUUAUCACAUUAGCGUCUUUCCAGAACUCAGUGAUUACUCUUUUGACCGGUUGCAGGGAUGCAAGCACGGUACUUACUCUACAUAUGCCUCAAUGCUAAUGCAACAUUAUUAUUUCAUUAUUGUUAGAAGGAUCGUGGGAUGUGUAUCCCAUUUCUGAUUCUGCAUUUGAGUACAGAGAACAUUGAGAGGUGUGUAUUACAUUGUAAAUCCUAAGAAUAAUAUUCCAAUAUGUGAUUGGUAAAAAAAAGUGAAGAAAUAUGUUGAAGGACCUACUUUGUGUGACACGAACAUGGAAUGUCUGCACCUUGACCCUUACUUUGUAAUCACUGGCUGUACGCACAGUGUUAUAUGAAAUGCGGAAAGUAGAAUUAGCAUGGGCUAAAUACAGCUGGGUAUGCUGCAUUAAUCAACAGUGUUUACUCAAAGCUGAAAUAUGUUGGCUAAUCAGAACUCUGUUUUCAUCAUCGUGUAAACAAGGCAAAAGAUGAACUAAAAAGAGAUUAGAAAGGCCUUUUGCAUCCAGCAUGACCUCAUCCCUCUCCAGAUGUCUAGAAGUAGGUUACGCAACAUUCCGUAUACACUAACGUAACCUGACUUUUCAAUGGUUUUGAAGAUGCUGGCUGAGGUAGUGUCAGUGGUCUCAGUCUGCUUUAUGUAUUUCGUUUUCUCUGCUCCUAUUGAAUGCAUGCUCCUGUUAUCUCAAAGUGCAUUCCAUUCCACUGUUUCUGUCGUGAUAUACAGCACGGAUAUAAUGUAGACAGUUUUUACCUAGAAAAAUGACAUGGCACUUUUUUUAAUUUUAUUAUGUUUAUUUUUUUUAAAGAAAUAUUUUGAAAAAUAAAUAUAUAAAAGCUUACCAAGUUUUCAUUUAGCCUUGGAUGUCCAAGAUAAGGAGAUAUCCGUUCUUCCCUUUCUCUAAUUGUAUAAAUAUUUUUCCAAAGAGCAAGACUGCACUAGCAUGUACAAUAUAAAUUCAUGUGACAUAUAUAUUUACUUUAUAUCAAACAGAACCCGCAUACCCUGAAGAUAAAUCCAUUUCCGAGCACUCAUGAGCCAUUCCAAGCCUAUAACACCCCACGUUUCAAUGAAGGUAUGUAUGGUGUUUUCUUAAAUUAUUUUGUAGAACUAAACAUUUUUUGAAAUGGUUUAUCAAAACGUGUCUAUUGUAAUAGUUUUUUUUCAAGAUUUUCCUUGUUUUAACCCCUUAAGGACCAAACUUCUGGAAUAAAAGGGAAUCAUGACAUAUCACACAUGUCAUGUGUCCUUAAGGGGUUGAAGGUUUUUUUGUGCAAAUGUAGACUGUUUUAGUUGUAUUGUGUGUGUGUGUGUGUGUAUAUAUGUGUACUAUUAUUAUUAUUAUUAUUAUUAUUAUUAUUAUUAUAUAGUAAACAUUGGAAACUGAUUAGUAUUCUGACACAAGGCAUUAGGCUUUAGCUGGACUUCAUAUGAUCAUUUAUUCUAAGAAGGUUCAUUAGAAUAGCUUCUUCUUUUAUUAACUAUUAACCUUUUCUAUCAACUUUUAAAAUGGGGCACAUAACCAAAAUUAAUAAUUAAAAUUUUUUAAAAAAAUUUAGCAUAAAAAAAGAACAAAGCUUUUUUUAAAAUUCGACUUUAAAAAAGAAAAAAAAUGUUAAAGGGACACGAUAGUCACCAGAACAACUACAGCUUAAUGUAGUUGUUCUGGUGAGUAUAAUCAUUGCCUUCAGGCGUUUUAAUGCAAACACUGCCUUUUCAGGAAAAAGGCAGUGUUUACAUUGCCCCUAGCGACACCUCCAAGUGGCCACUCCUCAGAUGUAAAUUCUGCAAAUUCAGCUUAUGAUGAAGAAACUUUUAAUAGGACACUUGAGUACACCGGAAAGCUUUGACAUUUUGUAUUCUUUAUUAUAUUGAUCUCACUUGAAAGCACCUGGUAGGGCUUGAUUCAAUUACAUGUGAUCUAUGAAACAUAGUGACUUUGACAUUGCAAAGAAUAUAGUUUGUCUACUUCUUUGUUGCACAAUACCUUACUUCUGUGUGUAUCCAAUUCUUAAAUGAGUUUCAGAUCAUGAAGUCUUUUAACUGUUGCUGCCAUUUUUAUAUAGUUGCCAAUCUAGUUUUUGUUAAUAUUCAUUGGUGACUUGGGGAAUCACAGUUUUGGGGUUUUGCAGUAUACACUAAAAUUGUUACAUAAAUGAAUUCCAUUUGCCAGUCAUGUUGGCUCUGAGUCAGGUAUCCAGAAGAUUAAAAUUAUUAGAAAGCGUUAGUAAAUAGUUUAAUUCCCAUGAAAAGCAAUACAAUUGCUUGAUAAUCUAUGUUUGAUCAUGUUAUUCUCCUACAGAAGUAAUUGUAUUAGAUACAACCUGACAUUAUGUAUAUUGAUACAGCAGCAGGUAAGUAUGUCUAGGCCAUAUCAUUUGAAAAACUCCUAAUGGUUCACUUGACAUAGAUGUUAUAUAGCUUUGGUAGAAAUAUAGUUUAAUUUAUAUUGUGUGUGUGUGUGUGUGUGAUUCCUGCUUUAUAUUGUGUAAUGUUCAGUCUUUGAUCAAGAACACUAUCCUUAUACGUAGUAUAUGUAGGUGCUUUCAUUGUCUUUAUGUUAUUGGAACUGUGUACUUAUGCUACAUCAUUAUACCUCUAAUUGUAACCACAAGAAUUUGCUUAUAGCUGGUAUUCGUGCACUUAUGUGAUCAUCGAAGUCAACCAUUUUCUCUGAAAAGGCUUUGUAACCUACAUCCAUUAUUUUAAAAUGGAAUAUUUUCGGAUGCCAUACAGAUUUUAAAAUGAUCUUCAUCUGUGGUGCCCAGGCUCCACCCCCUUUCCAUCUAACAUUAUAUAGGGAAGCACUGCAUUGCAUUGCAAUAGUCUAAAUAUUGUGUAUGUAGUGAUCACACACAGCUUGCUCACGCCUUUCAAAACAAUCAGCAGCAAAGUUCAGACAAACCGUGAUUGCACUUGAAUUUACAACACUGGUUUGCCCAUAUCCAUUCAAUUCUUGUGGUCCUCUUACAUUUUCUCUAUACAUUGCCUACAAAUGUACAGAUGAAAAUUUACCUGAGCUGUGAGACCAAAUGCACUCUUCCAAAAUGAUAUAUCCCACAAUUUCUGGCGUACAGCAUUAUAUUGGGCAUUGCGAACUGAAUGGAGCACACAUAAUCUUGCAUACUAACUACAUUUGUCACAAUUAAUGUUUCUUACAACAUGAAACUAUAAUAUAACGAUAACAUUCAGCUACAUGUUUGCAAUUUGCGUGCUGAAUUAUGUAUAAAAUGCCACUGUACUGAUACAGGACACACACAAAAUAUAUUUCAUGGCCCUCAAAAUGAUUAAAGAAAUUGUCUUUCAGUGAAAUCAUAGCAAUACUGAAAUAAAUAUAUUUGUUAUCUUCAAUCAACUUAUUGAUUAAUACGUGGUUUGUUCCUUUACUGGAUAUAUUUAUGACCAUUAACUGUUCCCUGAGUGAUGCAGAAAUAUUUUUGACCGUAUUGACAACACAAACAUGUUAAAUAUUUAGUUUUAUGAAAACCAAAUAAACAACAUGACUGAAAUGCUCGUAUCACAGAAAUAUACCACCUGUCCACUAGUUUAAUAGUUAUUUGUUAGCUCGUAGAACUGAUUACGUGCGGUUUGUUUAGAUUUUAGUAACAUUGUGAUCUCUUUAGUUUCAGAUAGCACAGCUCAGUUUAUGGUGGCUGAGAAUCUAGUGGAAACAUCUGCUACGGAUGGAGAAAUUCUAGCUGCCAUGCAAGCAAUCCCUACCAAGCAAAAUGUUCUGAAUCACAAAGCUCACACCAUAGGGCCCAGUGCGUUAUCUCUGGAGGAACAGAAACUUCUUCAGUCACUGGAUCGGCUAAAUCAAAGGCUGCAGAGUAAGUACAAUGCCAUCUUGUCUGCUCAUGCCCAGCCCAUCUAGCCACUGCAAAGUACUUAUAUGUCUGAUUACCAAGGACGAAUCCUGGAGCACUAUCUGAAAUCCAGUCUGUUGGAUUUAUAAGGAUUGAUAAAGGGAAACAAUGGAAACAGUGAGAAGACAUGAAACAAUGUUAUUCUUAAAAAAGUGACUAAACAAAAACUUUUUUUUUUUUUUAAAUAAUAACAAUGCAUUCAUUCCUCUUGAUAACUGGGCUCAGCAGUGAACCCAAGCAGGACCUAUUGGUUAAAGCAUGUCAGGCAAAAUAGGUUGCUACAAAAGUUAAGAAACGGAACUGCACACUUGACAUUGCAGGACUUAGAGUAUACAAUAAAUUAAGGAAUUGCUUCUAAAGAAAAGCUAAAAAUGAAUUUUAUACUCUAUUGAACACAAAAACUAAAAUAAAAGUACAAAAAAAACAUGCAAAAAGUGUAUAGUUAUUGCAAGCGAUAGCUUACACUUCUGAAGCUUUUUAAAGUCAGAACGUCCUUAAGAAAUAAAUCACUGAAAUACACAUAUACAUAUUGAACUUGAGCAAUAAAACUACCUGACGAGAGUAAAGUAUUAUGGUGCCUAAUAAUAUUGCAAUCUAUGCUUAAUACAAAACGGGGUACCCUACUAUUCAAUAUUAAUCAUAUAAUCCAACACAUCCACUAUGCAGCUGUAUAGUCAGAAAUGUUGAAAUAGCAGUCUUACUAAGGACAAUGUAUCUAAAAUGCUAAACAGUAUUGCACCAAGUUCCAAAAGGAGUUACAAUGUAUCUUUACUGGCAGUACAUUCAGACUCCAAACAUGUCUAUAGCUGCAUAGAUAUACCAGUAAAUACUGAGACAAUGCGUAUUCAGAGUGUCUCAGGAUCUAGAGCUGUGGAAAGAUUGCAGAUGCAGAACAAGUUGUGCCUUACAAUAUUGCACUAUGCUUUUAAAUGGACACUAUAGUCACCAGAACGACUUUAGCUUAAUGUAGUUGUUCUGGUGAGUAUAGUCCGUCCCUGCAGGCUUUUUAAUGUAAAUAUUGCUACAUUGUAAACAUUGUAUACAUCGCUACCUAGGGAAACCUCCAGUGGCCGUCACUCAGACGGCCACUAGAGGUGCUUCCGGGGUAGUGCUGCACAGUGCGCAGCUCUGACGUUUAGCGUUACUAUGCUCUGCAUGGAAGUGCUGAACUUUUCCCAUAGAAAUUCAUUGAUUCAAUGCAUUUCUAUGAGGAUAUGCUAAUUGGCUAAAACAGUGUUUGGCUCUGCCCCCAGCCAAAGAGGUGGUACAGGGGCAGGGCCAGCGCAACGGACCCGCACAGUGCUGGAAUAAAAAAACUAUUUUAACUUAUUUAAGGGGUGUAAAGUGAAGUUAGAGACCUAAAUUUUGUUUUUAAUACUGUAGGGUUAAUAACACGUUUGUAUUUAACAGAAUAUCCCAUGUAUAUAACAGAAUAUCCCAGUGACAGAUAUGGUUACAAAGCGCAGUCACUAUGUAGCACUUAUGCAAAUAAGAUGUAAAUACUGUUGAGAGUACUCGGUGAAAUUGCAGAUACAGGAGAAACUGUACAUAGCAAACUUGCAUGUUAUCCUUAAAUGUAGCAGAGUAUCCCUUUAAAUGCGUAGCUUUUAAAUCCAAAAGAGAUAAAAGCUGUUGAAAAGUGCUCAAUGUAAUUGCACCCUUUUACUGUUAUUGUUACUACUCUCCAGCUGUUAUACAGACAUGAUAUGAAUGCUGUUCAAAGUGCUUGGUGAAAUUGCAGAUGCAGAAGAAGUUGUACCUAGCAAUAUUGACUUUACCCUUAAAUGUUGCAGAAUAUCCCUUUAACUGUGUGAAUGCUAAACAGAAAAGAAGCAAGUGCUUUUAAAAGUGCUCAAUAUGAUUGCACUUUGUCCACAGAGAUAGAAGAGGGGUCCUAAUUCAGAUAGUGACUACAGCAGUAAAACUAAAGUGCCACUGGAACCUGUUUGUUUUCCUGGCACUAUAGCUCCCUACAGACAACUUCUAAAGCUGGAGUUAACCCAUAGAGAUAAUUAUUGCAGUUAACUAAAAACUGCAAUAAUUACCUUUGCAGGGUUAAGGGACAUGGGAAUAUACACCCAGACCAAUAUUACACUGAAAUCUUAGAAGAUCGUAAUUAACAGGUAACAAGAAUUCGUGGCCCCUCUCCACACUCAUGUUCACAAACAUUUUUAUGCAUUUGAUAUAUUGGCCCAUUUCAAGAUGUUCAUACAGAAUCCGUAUAAUCGCAUAUGAAUGUCAUUCUCUUCUCUCGGGGUCAGCAUUUGUUUUUCUUCACUUCCUGACAAAACAUGACUUCUUAUCCCCAUCUCACCUACAAACUCACUAGAUUAUACUGCACAUUCUCAACAUUGGGACUAUAGCUGUACACAUGCUGCAGAGAGUCCAAGGUAGAUAAGGCAAUAGAUGAGGUCAAGUGGGUGGUGUAAAUGUGUGCGAUAAAAACAUUUAUUAGUUUUUCAAAUUUACAAGCAUUCAGGGCAAAUUCCAAGAUUGUCUUCAUUUAAAAUUCUAAGAAAAGUUAGCAUUGAGUCGUUCUUUAACGCAAUCUGCUAUCCACAUGGAUACAUUUCUGGGUAAUUCAUUUUAUUAUAUGAGAUGUGUUUUUUCUUGUAACCGAAUUGUAACUUGCUCUGGUUUUAGAUGUGCAAGAUGUUAUUGUCAAACCACCAAUUGCUGCAAAUGGAUUCAAAUCACCACUGGUAAGAGUAAAACAAAUAAGUGAAAAUAGUUUCAUGUUAUUUUUAUAAUCACAACAAAAUCGAAUACACCAUGAAUUCACACCGUUAGUUGUAAUUUAUACUAGUAAAGAAUUUAAAGUGGUCAGAUUUAACAAAGUGUCACAGUUGUGAAUAUCCCAAGCAGGUGGGGCAGGAAGAAACGAGUUAAGGUUAAAAUAGAAAUGAUAGAAUCCAAAAGCAAGGCUGAAAUAGGCGCAUUGGAAUAAACAGACAAUAUAAAUACGCUAUUGGUAAUACUAAGAAACCACAACAGGGCACAAACAUGGGCAUCUGAAGGAUUUAAAUAGGCUGAGGUAAGUCUGGAUAGGUCAGUGUCAUUACUGUGCACAGCUCACACAUAAGAAUAGGAAAAUGAUGUCCAAUCUAAUUGGUACAAAAUAGGAAUCUAUCAGAGACCCUGCGUGGUGUAUAUCAUUGCUAAAUGUCGGAAGACCUGCAAGCCUACAUAUGUCUCUAAACAAUAUUGUUUUCUCAAGACUCGACACUCUGUUUUUACAUGUCAUGUAUUUCUUAUCUGUGAAAACUCAAAAAUUCAGAUUUACAAAAAAAUAAAUAAAAAUAGGAAUCGACGAUAUAAUUUUUCCAGAGCCGAUACUGAUACAGAUUAUUGGUCAUGCUUUGGGCUUGUUGCCGAUAACUGGUACCGAUAUUGUGUACAUUUAAAGUUUUGAAAAUGCAAUACAAUUUCUACACAAAUCUGGCAUUAACUGAACAUGUUGACAGCCAGCACAUUCCUAUCACUCUCAGGCGGCCAGUAUUUGCUGGGAUCAGUGAGAUCCCAGCAUGUACUGUGCUGUUAAUGAUAGGAGUGUGGUUGCCGACCACAAUCACACUCCUAUCACCAUGUCAGUGAGGCCAGUACAUUACACUAGGUAAUUCACUGUAUUGCCUCCCUGCCUUCAGCUGAGCUCCACAUGCAGGGACUCAAGGGGAGGAGUUAUGUGAUAUUGUGAUGUGGUGCCUCUUUGGCUAACGACUGGAGUUUCCAGAUGCAGAAGAUGGCAUGUGGUGACUGGGAGAGGUGAGUAAAUAUCAGUAAAUUUCAAGACCAAUACGGAUUAUCGGAAAAUGUCAAAUAUUGGCUCUAAUAAUCGUCGGAACUGAUAAUCGGUCCAUUACUAGUUUUAAAAGGAUGCAGUGGAGCAGCAACCAUUAUCACAUUGACCAGAAUGGUGGACAGUGUCAGAGAGCCCGGAAUAGCAGACAUGGUAUGCAAGAGCCACAGGUAACAUUACAGUAUGCCAAAAAUUCUGUUUAUAUAAUCAUAAUAGUCUAUAAUCAUAUAUUGGAGUUGCACAUGUGACAAAACAGUACCAAAAUGAAAUCAAGUGCAGUUAUAAAUAUACGAAGACAAGUAUCAUUAAUUAAUUCCGAGAUUUCAGGGAUGAACAUUUCUUUGUUUUUGGUAAACCCUCUCGAGAUGUAGUUCACAAGCAUCUGGAGUGCCAGUGUUCACAUUCAUUAUUAAGAGUCACAUAGAGAAUCAUACAUUGCCAAGUCCAUAGGAGCCCUUAUUCUGUGCACAGGUAGAAUACCACAAAGAUUGCGUAUGUCCCAGGUGUACAUCAUGAUUUAUAUUUUUGUGGGGGCUGAACUGGUGAAUUUCUGUUUUCCAUGCAGUGGCUGUUCAUGUUAUAGUCAGACUCAAGAAUAAAAUCAAGUUUUUAAGUAAGCUGGACUGCUAUGUAAUCCAUAAUGUAUUAACCAGAUAUUUAUCGUAUUGCUUUACAGAAUAUUCAGCAGUUGUCAUCGCAACCUACAGAGAACACCACACAAAUGACUAAAUAUCGCAGUUUCUCUGCUGACCCACGCACACGGCUGCAAAGAAGAUACUGA